AGAGCUCGGCCAGGCCUAGGUCGGAUCCUCCCCUGUGGGCUCCGCUCUGCGCACGAGCAGGCCGAGGGGAGCAAGCAGGGGGCGGGGCGUGCGUGAGGCCGAGCUCGUAGCGGCGAGGCCUGGCUUGGCAGGGCCUUCGCGGGGGCGGGGAAGGGGGGGGGAGAAAGAGAAAGAGAGGGACGGAGGAUGCGGUGGAGCUCCGGGCCUGGCCGGGGGGCGCCGCCAAUGGCGCUGUUCCCGCCGGCGGCGCUGCUGCUGCUGCUGCUGCUCCCCCUCCCGCCUCUUUUCCAAGGGGCGUCCGGGGACUCGUGCACCGCCUCGCCUUGCUCUUGCCGGCGAGGUGUGUUGGACUGCAGCCGCCUCCGCUUGUCCGGCCGGAGCCUGGAGCAGGGCCUGCUCUCGCCUUUGCCUCGCAGCGGUGUCCCCUCCGCCAGGUGAGUCUCCUCUUUUCUGCGUCUCCAUCCUCACGUUCCCCUUUUCCACCAGGGGCAGAAGGGUCUCCGCCCCGCAGACACGGCAGGUGCUUCCACCUCCCCCCUCAGUCGUCACGGGCAAAGCGGUAUCCUGAGUGGAGGUUUCAGAAGUUGUCCUUUUCAGAUCCUAAAGGGCAAAUCUCGCCUCCCGUCUCGCUUUUUCUCCUUGACGCGGGGCAAAGCUGAGUGGGGGUGGUUGUAUGCGUGGAUGCUGAAGGAUGGGCAGGUAAGAGGAUCUUGUGGAUCCCCUCGCUUGCAGGUGUCAAGUUCGUGUCUCAAAACAAUGGGAACCGCUUAUGAGUCUUCUCUCUCCCCCUCCUAACUCUGGAUUUGUGUUUGUCCGCCAAAUGGUGGGACGCUCACGCGCAACUCGUUUGUGUGAAGGGGUCCGCUUUGGGUUCUGCUGCUGUUACAACAGCAUAGUUCGCCUGCCGGUUUCUGUUGUGUCGUAUUAUCGCUUACUGGAACUUUUUCCAGACAGUGUUACCACUUGGUCUUGAUAAAAGUUGGCAGGAGUUGCUACUGAUAGUCUGAACCUGGCCUUGGUGAAUCUGUGGUAUGGUCUGUUAACUUUUGCUGAACACACAAAGAAGACCAAAACAUCAGUUGUGGAGUUUUGCUGUACUGGCUAAGUGUCCACAAUCAGGGAAAUCCGACAGUGUUGUUAUUUUAAGGCAGGGGUGGAGAACCUGUGGCCUUCCAGAUGUUGAUGGACUCCCAACUCUCAUCAGCCUAGCCAGCAUAGUCAGUAGUCAUGAUCAAAACUGAGGUCUGACAAAAUCUGGAGAGGACACCAGUUGCUCAGCUCAGUUAUCAGAUGAUGUUUACUUCAAGGCAGGCAGAUAGGAAACUGUUUUCGAUGUCAUUAAGGAGCUUGUGACAGUGUUCCAAGAAGUGCUGAAGUAUGUUCACUAGAAGAUAAAGGACUAGGUAGCUACUGUGCUGUUCCCCCAUGAGUGGACCCUUUUAUCAUGUUACACAGAUGUUACACUUGCCUGUCAGUUAUCUCACUGAACAUGUUGGACAGGUAUCACUUAGUGGUAUAUUAGAUAUGGUUUAUUGUGGAGCAAAAUAUAAAGCUAUAUAGUAUGACUCUUGUUUCCUUUUAAAAAUGGUUGUUAAAGUUUGAGCAUCAGUUACCAUCAUUAUUUCUCUUAUUGUUUCUGUAGUUCUGAUUCCAACCUUUUCAAGAGUGUCCCUUUUCUGAUUGGCAAAUUUGGGGCUGUCUUCAUGAAAAUAAGUUGCCCCAGUAUUCCUUUGCUUAGUGUCUAUCCACUCAAAUAUACAUGCUGGUAGUUUUUAUGUCAGUGUAGUUGUCAUGAAACAUGUACACCAUGUUGAGCUCAUUGAAAGAAAAGAUGGGAUAUAAAUGUACCAAAUAAACCAAUUUGACUUCUAGCAAUUAAUUUUGGUAAUUGUAGUAGGCUGCAGGUAUUGGAAGUUCUCUGUGAGAAGUUCACAAGACCCCUUGAUGGAAUCACAGUACUUGGGAGAGGGACAACUGCUAAACUUAGUUGUCUUGCCAGGCUUGGGGAAGAUCCUGGGAUGUGUCUUUGUGUUAUUCAGUCAGACACUGAAGCAUCAUUGAUGGUUAAGGUAACCCUAUGCUAAAUAUUGUUCUGUGUAGUCAGCUAGUGUCUAUAAAUAGCAUACCAAAGGCAAGUGAAAAAGGUAAGGUAGUGCACAUUUAUGUAUUUGUAUUUGUAUUGUUUUGACAUGUAAAAAUGGAAUCUGUCUGCAAUUCAUAUUGUGAAAGACAGAACUGGGAUUUCUUUUUGCAGCGUGGUUGCUGUUUUUGUUCCUGAUGAGACUCUUCUAGUCAUUGGUCAUGAGCCCAGGGCUGUUUCUGACCUCUCAUAGUUGGCCUUAAUGCCAAGUCGUUUAAUUAUGAGACUACUUCUUCCUAAUAAUGGUAUUGCUACUGACUGUGGAAGGCAGUUGCUAGUUAGAUGACUUUGAAUAUCUUGCGGAUAUUACAGUCAAGCCAGAGGAGUGUGAUUUAUUUUUUUGUCACACGUCUAAAUCUGCACAAUAAAGCAGAGGAUGGCUAAACUUGCCAUGUACACAAGAAAAAGUAUUGUGGCACUUAAAAUCCAGAACUUGGAUCCUAUUGACAUCAGUAUGAAAAACUUGCCAUGACACAGUUAGGUCCUGUUGGAACGAAAUGCAGCUAAUUUAGAUAGCAAUCUUAACCCUUUUUACCUGGGAGUAAGCCCAGUUGAAUUCAGUGGGCUUUUGAGUAGAUUGCAGCCUUUAAUUUAGGGAACAACAGAUGUAUUCCAGCAUAAGAUUUUGUAGACAUGAGCUCACUUUGUCAAGAUUCAUGAAGUCUUAUCCUCAGUUGGCAGAUCAUAUAUACACAUGUGGGUACAGAGUGAAAAAAUGAUAAAAAAAUGAUAAACAAUGGGGUCUGUAACAUUUCUGUGCAAAACCCAAAUGUAUACAGGCUCCUUGCUUAGAAAUGUCACAGACCUUUUGCAUUUUAUGUCCUGUUGGCCCCACAGUUCAGAAUUUCCAUUAGUUUUGUAUGCACGGAUGUAUAUGUGCAUACAAGACUAAUGUGUUUUCCUUCACAACAUGUCUUUCUAAAUAAAGGAGCUGUAGCAUCAUUUAUUUUUUUUAAAUUGAUCUUUGGAAGAAAUUGGUUGUAAGUGUGUAAAACCCCCGUUUGAAAUCUGAUUACUUUUCUGCAUAUAUGUUUAUGAAGUGUAUGUAAUCCUUUAGUGCAGUCUAAUCUUAAAUCUACCAUUUAAAAUUCAUUUUUUGAUACUUCUGAAUAUGAUGCCUAAUUUAUUUAUCCAAAUUUAUAGACCAUCACACAUAGUGUUUUCCAGGGUGUCAUGAAAUAAACAGCUGCUACACAAAUAAUGUAUGUUAGUUAAUAAAGCAGAAGAGCCUGGAAGUACUUAAACACAAAAGUGGGCUCACUACUUUACCUCACAUGCCUGGAGAAUAUGAAUGCUUUAGUCAGGGUCUCUGUCUUCUCAGCUUCAAGCAAUAGCAUAUUUGACAGUCAGACCACAACAGAGAAAGCUCUCAUAUACCUACCUCACUGCCUAGUGCAACAAGCCUACCAACUGCAGGGUCCAGGAUGAAUUGUAUGAGAGAAGGAGCUUUACCAGUCUUGCAGUCUGAUCCUGUGCAUAUCGACUUGUAAGUAAAUUCCACUGAAUUCAGUGGGAAAUGUUCCUGUGUAAGAGUUUGGGAUUGCAGGCAGAAGUACAUGAGAUGCUUUCUGCUACUUUGCUUGAUUAAGUAAAUCUGGUGAACAGCUGCUAGCUGCUCUCUAAGUUUAAUUGAAAAAAUGUUUUUUGCUUUUAAAGGUUUAGAAAAGUGCUAUCAUUGCUUGUGGUUCCUCCUCUUAGAAAAUGCUCUGCUACUGAGCGUGGGCUUUAUUUAAUCAAGAUAAGAGAGCCACGUCAUAUGGCAUUUAGCUUUCUAUAUUGUGUAAUAAAUGUGUGACUUAGUUCUGUUGUGCAAGACUUAUACCAAACAGCAUAUAGAUGGUAACACAUGGAGCCCUAAAACAAAACAUUACAGUGUGAAAAUCCUUUGUUCAGGGUUCCAGUCUCUUCAUUCCAUUCCGCCCCUCCAAACCUCAACAGUUAGUCAGCAUCCCAUUUUCACUGAGCAUGCUGAGUCCUCUAGUGCUUAAUCCAAGCUGCAGGAAAAUUCAUUUUUUCAACUACUUAUAUACUGCUUAACACUAUAGUUUCUAAGUGGUGUACAAAAGGGAUAUAGUGGGAAUAAAAUGGUUUAAAGUUAACUGUAAAAUCAGAAACAAUUAUUUAAAAUAUCUGCUGUAAUUUUAAAAAGUCUUCAUCAAGCUCCAAGAGCAUACUGAUGACACUUUGCUCCAAAUCCUGAAGUGAUUGCUCCUUAUGUCUUCACAUGGACAUUUAAUAGCACCGAGGACAAAAUAGUGCCUGGUGGCACCUCAUAAUACAAAUGCCAGGUGGGUCAAGAACAUGCCUGCCACAUUGCUCUCUGGAACCAGCCUUGCAAGUAAGACCAGAAACACCUUAAAGCAGUGAUCCUGACACUCAUCCUGCAAAAUGUAUGCAUCUAGAAUUUUGUUUGAUCUAAUUUUGAAUACAUCAUUGAACUUGCUUUUUAUUUUUUACAUGAAUGCUUUAUGAUUUCUAAUCCUUGUUCCCUUUUAAAAACUGUUUAAUGUUGUUGUUGUUUAGUCGUGUCCGACUCUUCGUGACCCCAUGGACCAGAGCAUGCCAGGCACUCCUGUCUUCCACUGCCUCCCGCAGUUUAAUAGUUACUGUUUAAUAGUUACUGUUAAACUAAACAUUUUUCUUUCAGUUAAUUCUGUUUUUACUUUAUCACUUGAUAGCCAGAGGAUGAUCACCAUUUUCUUUUGCAAUAGCAGUCAACUUAAAAAAGAAAUCAGUAAUAUUAUCUUAGCAUGGUGAUAGAGACAAGAACAUCCCCCUCUCCCAAGUUGGGGCAGCUGGUUCAUGAUGACAAACCUUCACUUGCAGUCAAUACCAGCCAAGAGUUGUUGACCCUGUGCAUACUGUACAGCAGCUAAUGGAGUCCACAGACUAUGGUGAUAUUAAAAAUAUUUAUAGCCCACCCUUCUACAGAAUUGUUAGUACUCAGCGACCUAACAUUUUAAAUAACAAUGAAAUUCAAGAGUCCAACAUCAGAAAAAAAGGCAAGUGCAGAAGAUGCAACCAGUCUUUAAAAUAAGAUUGCAAAAGUAUCCUGAAGAACUCAGCAUGUCAAAUGCCUGUUGGACUAAUACUAAAACAUCUUAAAGUGGCAAAAAGCAAGGAGAGAGAAGGCCAAACUGGCACCCAAGAUAGGGAGUUCCACAAUCUAGGCUCACUUCUGUGAUCUAACCAGCUGUGCCUUGUUCACAAUCAAAACAUAAAGAAGAGCUUCCCUAAUGGAUCUUAGGGCGGAGGCAAGUUGAUACGGGAGGAGACAAACCCUCAGGGAUCCUGAGCACAUGCUGUUUAUGAGUUCAAUGAUAAUCACCAACAGUUUGAAUUGUGAAUAGGCAACUAGUGCAGCUGUUGUAAAACAGGUAUAAUAUGCUCAUGUAGACAAACAUCAACUAGUUUUGUUGCUGAUACAUUCUGGAUCAACUGACGUUUCUGUAGGCUCUUCAAAGGAAGUCCCACGUAGAGUGCAUUGCAAAAAUUAAGUCUAGUUGCAGUUGGUGCACCACCCUAAGCAGGGCAAAAGUGAUAGAUCCAUUCACAAUCUGUCAAACUGAUAGUUAAAUAAAACCUCCAGGUUCAGAGGCAUUAUAUAAUUUACAGUAUUCAGUGCUGGUGACAAACUGUGGAACAGCAUUUUGCUUUUGUGCCCUGGCCAUUCCCUGAAAUGUAUUGCUGGUCUGGAUAGGCCUUUGAUCUUGCUCAUCGGGGCUGCUGUUCUCUUUCCAAAGUAUGUAAGGAUAUGUUACUUUUUUCUAACCUUUUUUUGGUCUGACUUGCUAUAUAUAAGAUUUCAUCUUGCGUUAUUUCACUCACCAUGUUGAAGGCACACCAUCCAUUCUUUUCCUCCUUGCCUCUCUGUCUUUUAAAUAAACAUUUUUUUUUUCCAUUCAAAAUCUCCACUUGAACUUCCAAUCCAUGCAUUUUAACAUGGUGUCCAUGUGGAAAAUGGAUGAUGGUAUUGUCUUAUGGAUUGACUGCUUUAACUGUGACUGAUUUAACUGUGAUCUGUAUAUAGCCCAGGUGUCUUUCUGGGAAAGGAUUAUUCAUUAACAAACAAUGUCUGAGCAUCAUAUUCCCCACCCCCAAAAAAGCAUUUGCAGAGUACUCAAGUAUUCAAAUUUGCAGAGUACUCAAGUACUCAAUUUGCAGAGUGUGUCAAGUACUCAAUUAAAGCCCAUAAAUUAGAAGAUGUACCCUAUGAUGAGCUAUACAUACCUGUCAUGUAUGAUCUAUUUGAGAUUCCUGCAUUGCAGGGGGUUGGACUAGAUGACCCUCAGGGUCCCUUCCAACUCUACAAUUCUAUGAUUCUGUAUAUUCGCUCGCUCUCUGGAUUGUAGGUGUAGUGGUCAUUGGAUUAAUGCAAAGCACUCAAAUCCUGAGUCUUGUACAGAAGUUUAGUUGCUUUGAGUUUUCUUAUAACAAAAAGUAUGGGUGGUUUUUUGUGCUAGUGCAGUCUCUCCUCCCCUUGUGUGUGCCUUCAAAUCUGCUCUGGAGGGUUGGGGACAGAAUCAGGAGACGCGGAGGAGGAAAGUGGGGAUCAUUCAAUUGCUCCAUAAGGUGUCCUUGUGGUGAUGAAGUGUUAUUAGGAACAUAGGAAGCACCCAUAUACCAAAUCAAACCAUAGCUCAGUGUUGUCUAUGCUGACAGGCAACAGUUCUCCAGGGUUUCAGGCGGAGUAUCUCUCAUCCCUACCUGGAGAGACUAGGGACUGCGCCUAUGAUCUUCUGCAUGCCCUUAGAGCCACCUUGAAAUAAAAUAAAUGUUGAACGUCUUUGAGCACAAUGAUACGUACUUCAAAGUAAACAUGUAAGAUUUGGAAUGCAUAUGUGUUAAUUUCCUCAAAUUCACUAAAUUGAAGGGUGGAGAUGAGCAAGAACUCACAACCUAUAAGUGGUUUGGGAUUAAAUCAGUUCACACCUUGAAAAUAAAUAGUUAUUGUAUUAUAGCCAAGUAUUUAUCUUAAUUAAAUUUUAAAUGUUCUUAAUGCUAGUCCUAGCCAAGACAGUUUAUGAUUUUACAGUUACUUAAUCUGAAACAAAGGAAGUUCUCUUCUGUGUCCCCUCCCAAUCCCCCCCUUUUAACUCAGUAUUUGGUUUCCAACAAAAAGAAGGGGGAGGAGGAGCUACAACACACUUUCCCCUUUUCUUGCUUAUUACAUUAUAAAAUAUUUAGCUUAAGGCUGCUGAGCCAUCUAACUCCGUAUUGUCGAGUCUGGUGGCAGCUCCCCAGGGUGUCAAACAGGGUCUUUCUCACCUCUGGAGAUGCCAGGAAUUGAACCAAGGACCUUCUGCAAAGUGUGUGCCCUGUCACUGAGCAACAGCAUUUCCCCAUUACUAUAACGUGCAGUGAAUGAAACAAAACAAUGAUUUAUCUCUUUUAAAACUAUAAAGUCUGUAAUUUAAAAAGUACUUGUUUUGGCAAGUGUAUCGUAGCCAUUCUUAAGAACAUAUGAAGAGCCUGCUGGAUCAGCCCAGUGGCCCAUCUCGUCCAGCAUCCUGUUCUCUCUAGUAGCCAUUGAUUGCCUUUACACUCAUUAAUUUGUUUAAUUCUCUUUCAAAGUUGGUGGCCAUCACUGUGCACUGUGUGAAGAGUUAUUUUGUCAGUCCUGACUUCUCCGAUGUUCAGCUUCAUUGGAUGUUCAUGAGUUUAUCAUUAUGGGAGAGGGAGAAAAGCUUUUCCUCUAUCAACUUUCUCCAUCCCAUGCAUAAUUUUCUGCACUUCUAUCACUUCUCCUCUUACUCACCUUUUAUCUAAACUAAAAGGCUACAAAUUUGACAUCCUUUCCUCAUAGGGGAAUUUCUCCAUUCCUUUGACCAUCCAACUCCACUCUUUGCAAUCCCUUUUUGUUUUAACAACUGAACAACUUAGUAUCAUUAGCAUCUUGGCCAUCUCGUUGCUCACCUCUUAACCCCAGAUGGUUUAUGAACAAGUUAAAAAGCACAGGUCCCAGUAUUGAUCCUUAAGGGAUUCCACUGUCUACCUCCCUCCAUCAGGAACGUUGUCCAUUUAUUCCUGCUCUUUGCUUCCUGUUGAGCUCCUCUUGGGGAAUAGGAACUACUUAUUUAUUAUUUCAUGAUUGCCAAAGAAUUGAUGCUUUUGAAUUCUGGUGCUGGAGGAGACUCUUGAGAGUCCCAUGGACUGCAAGAAGAUGAAAGCUAUCCGUUCUGAAGGAAAUCAGCCCUGAGUGCUCACUGGAAGGACAGAUCAUGAAGCUGAUGCUCCAAUACUUUGGCCACCUCAUGAGAAGAGAAGACUCCCUGGAAAAGACCCUGAUGUUGGGAAAGAUUGAGGGCACAAGGAGAAGGAGAUGACAGAGGACGAGAUGGAUGGACAGUGUUCUUGAAGCUAUGAACAUGAGUUUGACCAAACUGCGGGAGGCAGUGGAAGACAGGAGUGCCUGGCAUGCUCUGGUCCAUGGGGUCACGAAGAAUCGGACACAACUAAACGACUAAACAACAACAACAACAAACUUACUUGGGGGUCUGUUGAAAGCUUUUUUAAAAGUCCACAUACAUAAUAUCAAGUAGAUCACUUCUUUCUAUUAUGCUUGUUGCUAUUGUAAAAGAACUCUAAUAGGUUAGUGAGACAGGGCUUACCCUUGUGGAAGCCAUGCUGGCUGUGCUUCAGCAAGGCUUAUUCUUCUGUAUAUUUGGUGAUUUUGUCUUUAACAGUGCAUUUUGUCAGACAUUAAGCUAUGUGGCCUGUGAUUUGCAGGAAAGGCCCUCCCCCCACCUGAUUCCUUUUUUUAAAAAUUGUGUUACAUUGGCUGUUUCCAGUCCCUGGGUAUGGAGGCUGAACUGCGGAAGGGUUGUUUUCCACGUGGCGUAUUGAAUCAUGUGAAAACCUUGCUUUCAUUCUAAAGUGGUACAAAUAGGCCAGAAUUACAUUUUGGUUCAUUAACACUUUAUGAUAAUUCAGAAAAUAAGUGUAGUUCCUGAUGGAAUUCAAGUGAAACAGUAGGCUUUAUUAAACGAGAUACUCUUGCUUUAACUCUACAAAGCAGACUGGGUAGACCAGUCCCAGUACUGAAAUCAUCUUAUUUGUGUUGUAACUGCCUAUCAACACAAUCAUCAGUAUACAAUUGUGGUAUAUAUAUAACAGUUCUCUGACACUGACAUGGGUUUCUAUCAUCAUUCAUUUCUAAGAAGCUGAAAAACUAUUUUGCAUCAGCUGCUAGACAUAUGAUCAUUCAGAAUCAUCCUCACUGCAAAACAUGCUAGCUAGGAAAUGCUCUGCCUGUGGUACCUAUGAAGUUGAGCUUAAUAUUACUUAAGUGCACUAAUAAUGUUCCACCAUUUAGGAAUUUAUUACAUUUAACAAGCCUUUCAAGUCUCUUUCAAGUCUCUUCCAGGUUACAUGUAAGCCUUUGCCAAGAAAAAUGGUUUCCUCAUCAAGAAUAAGUGAGGUGUUUCGUUAGGAAAACAAAAGAAAAUCUUUCCUUGACAUUUGUAAUGAGAGCAGAUUUUUAGCUUUUCCAAAAAAAAAUAACCCCUUAUGUCCAAGCAGGCAAAGGAUUGUGUAUACAGAACAGCUUAGCAACAAAUACAGUGAGAAGGUGGGGUUCUCAUGUUAUGCAAUCUUCGAAGUGCUGUAAAUUACAGCAUGGGUACAUUCAUUGUGAUUGUGGAGUAUUUUGACAAAUAUCAAGUUAACAGUGUGGAAAAUUAUUACUUUUCACUUGAAUUGUCUAUAAUAGGUUUUCAAAGACAAAAAUCAGUUGCCAGAUGUCAUACUUUAUUGCGAUGUAGGGCACGAGGGCUUUGUUUGCCCUUGGCACAUCUGCCCAUUAGUUCAUAACUUGCAGAACAGAACCUCAGGGGAUUUUGUUGGCAGUUUCUGUUGGCAUAGUGGUGAAAGAUACCAUAGGCUGUUUUUCUAGGGCUGAAUUAUGAAUCAUUCAUGGCAAAGGAAAAUAGCAAGUUGGAUACCCCCAUGGGGGUAGCUUUGUGCUAAUAGCUGAUGCAGUCAAACAAGCUCUGUGGUGGGGUAUUCAAUAUAAUCAAAGUGAUUACUAUUUUCUCUUCCAUUUCUCACCAAUCUGUCACCCUUUAGAGUGUUGCUUACAAGUGCCAAGUGAAGCCUUGCAGUGUCAAAAUAAAAAUGUGCUCAGUGUAGAACAAAUGUCUAGAAAUGUUUAACAUAGCAAACCUCUAAAACUUCAUAGGAAUAAUAAUUUUAAAAAUAUUAAUGGUAAUUGAGUGGUGCUAGAUGCAUGGCUGGUAGUGAUUCUGAGGAGUUUUCCAUAAAGCUUACAUGGCUGGGUGCAUUUCUGCAGUCAUAUGCAUAUUCCUAGGUGGAUGAAAAUGAUACAACUCCAAGUUCCAAGGUUGCCACUCAUCCCUUUCACAAGCCCAAGAAAGCAAAGCUAGCCAGAGGAAGAAUUUUAUGCAAGCAUCUUCUAAAUGAUAUGGGCAUGAUAAUGAAUGCUGUGUAGCAGACUUUCUCAACCUGUACAUAGUGCAAACUGCUGCUUAAUAAUAUUAUCUGAAAGUUCUACCCUAUUUGCAGUUAACUAAUAACUAUAGCAACUGCUCACUUGGAGCAUUAUUAUUAGAAAGUCAUUUCUGUUGACUGUGGAAAUGAUGAUCUAAUACCAUACAUCAAGCAGGAUACUUUGCUGACACUGACUUAAUGUUAGAAACCUAUGGUGUCAGUUUGACCUUCUUGAAAGAGGAGACUUUUGACAUCAGGCAGCUGUACCAUUAAUCUGGGUCUAGAAGCUGCAGACAGAAGGAAAUUGGCAAUGCAGUUUGAAUUUCUGUGCAGCUAAGACAAUCCCUGAUCCCUUUUUGCCCUGGUAUAGGUUGUGGUUUUUGGUUGGCCCUGAUUAAGCUUGAAAGGUUGCUAAAACCUUUUUCUUUUUACCAUAAGUGAUGAUGGUGGGACAAAGAUGUGAUUAGCUUCUGUGAGGGUGCCUCAAGUCCGCUGGAGUCUGUUCUAGGUCUUAAUGUUGCGAAGCUGUAUCUGUAAAGUCACUGUGAGUAUUUGUGUGAGACUCUUAUUUGCUGCUUCCCGCUGAAACAUCUGCAUUUUCACUAACAUCACUUCUGGCACCAAGGAGCUGAUGUUCUUCCCUCAUUCAUUGCCUCAGGGACCCAUUCUAGUGUGAACAAGUCCCUAGUCAGCAAUGCUCUUUUUUCCUACUGUGAAGCAUGAGCCUGAAGGAAUGUACAGUUUCUCUGGCAAUUUCAUACUGUGGAAGAAAUACAAAAAUAAAGGCCCCACUUGCAGUUUACAAAUAUAGCACAGUUACAGAUUGCAGCACAGUUUUGUAGAUGUCUUUGCCAAAGUCUGUAAUAGCACCAUUAAUGUGUAAUUGGUGUUCUAAGUGUUCCAAGCUAAUAUUUGAAGAGUAAUGGUUUUUUUUAAAAAAACAACAACAAAAAACCCUGCUGCCCUUGUUUUGAUUGCUGAGGAAGGAAAGAUCAUCCACACUUCUCUGCUACUUUGUAAAAUUCAGACCUAACUGCUUCAAAAACGUGCUGUGAUUCUUCAUACCUUCCUUGAAUUAUUUACAGCUUCAUGGUACCGAACAGCUACAUUAACAGCACCUCUGACUACAUGAUACUGGUAUUUUAAUAAUUCAUUGCUUACUACAGCUGAAUCCCUGUAGACUAGAAUAUGUAGAUGCUUGGUUUAUAACAGCAGUAAAAACCGCUUUCCCUGCUGAGACCAGCGUUAGUGUAUUUUUCCUGUUGAUAGUCUCAUAGUAUGUAUAGUAUUGAAAAACUGAAGAGAAGACAGUUUUAACGGGCUUUAUUCAUAAAAUUUCAUGCUAGUAUCCUAUCUUCUUCCUCCCUCCAGCCUCUUGUUUAUUUCAGGAGUCCCUCCUGAACAAUGUUUGAUAGGAGGGUAUUGGAUGAUUCUCAUCCCAGCAGCAACCCAUCCCAUAUUGUCCAUGAGAGCCCUCUAUUCUCUACCUCCUGCAGAGGCUUUUUAGAAGACAAAUGAGAGAACGGGAAAGUUUACUGAUGCGAAUUUCCUUAUGUUUACUUACCUUAGGAUUCAGGCUCUAUAUUAGAAUCCAGCUAGGCUGGAUCUAAGCAUUUCCAGAAGGAUACUAUAUUACCUUUUGUAUGUAAAGCAGGGUGGAUAAAAAUCAAUGAUUAAAAAUAAUCAGAUUUUAAAAAUUGGAUUUUUAAAAAAUUGGAUUUUAAAAAUAAAAUGCUUUUGGAGGAAAAAAUCUUUAUAAAGAUAGUUUUCUAUUUAAGUUACAUUAUAGUCCAAAGGCUAUUCAUCAGGAAAUAAGGAUUACCGUAUUUUUCACUCUAUAGGACGCACUUUUUUCCCUUCAAAAAUGAAGGGAAAAUGUGUGUGUGUCCUAUGGAGCGAAGACGCCAUAGCCCCGCGACCCUCUCCCGGCUGGAGAAGUGACGCGCGGCUAUGGCAGGAGCCUCUAUAGCCCCGCGUCACCUCUCCAGCCGGGAGAGGGUCGCGGGGGCUGCUGAGCCCGCGCGCACUCUCCCGGCUGGAGAGGGGACGCGCGGCUAUGGCAGGACCCUCUACAGCCCCGCAUCACCUCUCCAGCCGGAGCCUCUACAGCCGCGCGUCACCUCUCCAGCCGGGAGAGCGCGCACGGGGCUAAAGAAGCACCCCGCGGGCUUCCCCCCGCCAGCCCCAAAGAGCAGGUCAAAAGGAACCUGAAGCCUGGAGAGCGAGAGGGGUCAGUGCACACCGACCCCUCUCGCUCUCCAGGCUUCCAAGGUAGCCGCCUGAACGCACCUUAAACGGCACCUUGUUUUAGAGCGGGAAAACAAGAGGGGGAAAGUUCUCCCCCUCUUCACAGCGCCUCCUGCCACUUCGCUGAAGGGACGCUGGGCAGAGAGGGGGGAGAAUUUUUUUUUCUUGUUCUCCCCCCUCUAAAACAAAGUGCAUCCUAUUGUCCGGUGCGUCCUAUGGUGCGAAAAAUACUAGUUUUAAGUUUUUCAUGUGUGCUAAAACUCAGUCUCUUAAAAAAAAUAUUGUUUAAUCACAUCAGUUAACAAACAUGGAUACAUAUGCUAUAAUGUUAUUGUCUUAGUUAAAUAAAUUGUUUAAAUUGUUAUUAAGGAAAUGAUUAUUUUUCUCCUUCCAAUAAAGUACAGCAGAAAAGUUGUCCAAAUAUAAACAGUUAACUUAUUAAACCUCACAAUAAUUUCAUAAUUAUCUGUCUAUGUAUUUCUAAUAGUAUAACCAAAUCAGUAAUUUUUGAUAUAACUAUAAAAACUACUCUGAAAAUUUAUUAUUCCAAAAAUGAAACCUUUCUGUGGUUGUAAAUAUUAAGAUGAUACCAGGAAGAAUAGGCCUUUCGGUAAAAAAGUGAUUUAAAUCAAGUCUUACUGACUAGUGAUUAAAAUCAUGAUUAAAAUUGAUUGCAUUUAAAUCAAAUCCACCCUGGUGUAAAGUACUUUAAUGACUUAAAAAACCUGACAUGAGCAAUUUUCCAUUUCCAUUAUACAGUAACAAAAAUUGUUUCACUUCUGUGGUUUGUUUUCUAUACAGUAAAACUUUGUGACAGGGGAAGGCUUUCUCUUUAGAGAUUUCUUAAUUGCCUUUUGUUUGUUUGUUUUGCAACUCUCCAUGAAAUCCCUAUUGUAGACAGGUGUAACUAGAUUUUAUUAAGGCAGCUGUACCCUCCUAUACAGGUUUAAGUUAUACUUAUUUUAGCAAAGAUAUAUCUGCUUGAUCUUGUAGUCAGCCCUUCAAAAUCCACCAGCUAAUGUCCUUGCCAAAGCAAAAACAGAAACCUACAAGAUAAACAACCAGCCGUGUAGCAAUGAAUCUGACUUAUUUGCCAGAUUCAUGUCAUAACAUUAUAACUGGUUGUGACCUAAUGACAAAAUAGAUUGCUUGAUUAAGGACACUAGAACAGCCUGCUGGAUCAGAAAAAUGGCCCAUCUGGCAUCCUAGUCUCAGAGUGGCCAACCGGAUGCCCCAAAGUAACAACUCUCUCCUCACUUGCGAUUCCCAGCACCUGGCAUUCAGAAGCACUCUGCCUCUAACAGUAGAGGUAGAACAGAUUCAGGUAGGUAGCCGUGUUGGUCUGACACAGUCGAAGCAAAUACAAAAAUUGUCCAGUAGCACCUUAGAGACCAAUUAAGUUUGUUCUGGGUAUAAGCUUUCCUGUUCAUGCACACUUCUUCAGAUACCUUCUUCAGAUACCCAGUAGAGGUAGAACAGUUAAGCAGCAAAACUUGAGUCAGCUUUUUGUUUCCAUUUAAGGUUAUUAUGAAUUUCUUACUUGCCUUAGCAUGACUUUUGUAUGCUCUGACAUGUUUGGAAAGGGGAGGGGGGAAAUCAUCUGCUUGAAUAUGAUUAUCACUUUGUUCCUAACCAGUUAUUGAUUGCUUCAUAUAACAAGGUGCAGUUAUUUUUGCCUAAUACGCAUGUUGCUUUUGCAACAUAAGCAGCAGAGCUGCCUUUGGAAAACCUGUUUGUUGUUACUUCUGUCUGUUUAAAACACUACUAGCUAAAUACUGCAAUGUCAUGAUGGUGUGGCAGGUUUCUGGAUUACAGUAUAAUUCAAAAUAUGAAGCUGGUCAUUGCAACAUUUGGUAGAAAGAAUAACAGGGUAAAUUAUUUUGAGGAAAUGUUCCACAUGUUUCAUUACUAACCUGAUAGUGGUGUGUGAAUUGGCUCCUAAUUGUCCACUGAGUUGCUUUGUAGUAAAGGGAUGUAUCAGACUAACUAAGCCAUAUUUAAGAGUAGUGUGAAUUUAUGACUCAUGACUAACUUAAGUCCAUUAUUUCAAUUGGUCUACUCUAAGUAUGACAUAAUCUGACAUAACUCAAAGGUUGAAAGUUCAAAGCAACAAAUUUGUAUCCUCUUGCAUCUGCUCAAACCAGAUUUUUUUUAAAAAAAAUCACAAUUAAUGAGAAUUUAUUUUUGAUCUUCUGUCUCCUGUUUAUCAAUAAUAUAGCAAUAAUAAUAUUGCAUCUUAAAAAGAGAGGUGCUAUAAAAUGUAAGUAGCAGGUGCUGUUAUCAGCUAAUAUUGGGGACAAAGCUUUUAGAAAAAUCAGGGGAGAAAUAGCUACUACUUCAUCGAUAAUAAUAAUAAUAAUAAUAAUAAUAAUUUAUUAUUUAUACCCCGCCCAUCUGGCUGGGUUUCCCCAGCCACUCUGGGCGGCUUCCAACUGAAUAUUAAAAACAGUACAGCAUCAGACAUUAAAAACUUCCCUAAAGAGGGCUGCCUUCAGUUGUCUUUUAAAAGUAAAAUAGUUGUUUAUUGCUUUGACAUCUGCUGGGAGGCUGUUCCACAGGGCAGGCGCCACUACCGAGAAGGCCCUCUGCCUGGUUCCCUGUAACCUUACUUCUCGCAAUGAGGGAACCGCCAGAAGGCCCUUGGCGCUGGAUCUCAGUGUCCGGGCUGAAUGAUGGGGGUGGAGACGCUCCUUCAGGUAUACAGGACCGAGGCCAUUUAGGGCUUUAAAGGUCAGCACCAACACUUUGAAUUGUGCUCGGAAACGUACUGGGAGCCAAUGCAGAUCUCUCAGAACUGGUGUUAUGUGGUCCCGGCGGCCACUCCCAGUCACCAGUCUAGCUGCCGCAUUCUGGAUUAAUUGCAGUUUCCGGGUCACCUUCAAAGGUAGCCCCACGUAGAGCGCGUUGCAGUAGUCCAAGCGGGAGAUAACUAGAGCAUGCACCACUCUGGCAAGACAGUCCGCGGGCAGGUAGGGUUGUUUUUUUUUUUAAGAUAUUUAUCGGAAUUUUUUUUUUUUUAGAGUUACAAAAGAAAACAAAGUAGAAAAAGAACAAAGAAAGAACAAAGAAAAACACAAACCACAUCCAACAAUACAAAUUCCAAAAAAACAAAAAUACACCGCAAACAUUUAAAAACAAAUCCAUUAUUCUCAGAUCCUCAACUGUCGUUACCUUCUUUCUUUGACCUCCUCCUCCUCCCUAUUUUUGUAUCCUAGUUGUUAAUUGUUGCAGCAAAUCCUUUCCAUAUUUCGUAAAAUUCUGUCAUUACAUUACCUUAAACUAUUUUAAUCUUAUCUUACUAUAAAAACCUUGAAACUUAAAACUUAAAUCUUAUUUUUACCAACUUCUCAUAACCAUAAUAUUCUUACAUAAUUCUUUAAACAUUUUUACUAAAGCCAAGUAAUUUCAUUCCAACAUUUUUCUAACAUUCAUCAAUUUUAUAAAACAAUCCUAGUAGUACAAAAGAAAUAAAAACAAUCCAAUCUUCAUCCAGCGUCCCUUCCUCCUGGUCCCGGGUUUUGUCAGUCCUUAUUAUCCCAUCGAUCUAGCGCAUUAACCUGGUAACCUUAUAUCCGAGGCCCUUAAGUCUCUUCCAUGUCCCUUCCGCAGCUCUUCUUCAUAUUUGUAUCUGUAUUUUCCCUUGUCUCCUGCUCGUUUCACUCGUGGGAACUCCAGCUUAACAAUAUUUUUGACCCUUCUCGACAGAUCAGCCCCUUUUCCAUAAUCCACACUAAAUUCCAUGUGGUAUUUAAGAACAUGUUUCAAAAUCCCUCCAAAAUUAGGAGCCCCCACAAUCCCAGACAUCUCACGGCCCAUUGCCAGACUUGAAAAGUCCAAACAUCCCUGCAUAGGGGGGUCUAUCCAGCCCCCCAUUUCCAAACCAAACCAAACUUUUUCUUUCCAAAUCUGGCUUUUUCCAAGUUCAUUUGUCAAAUCCGAAAGCUCAUGUUCCUGUUGGGCGUGUUCUGUCAGGGCACACUCCUGAUUUAAUUCCUGGAUGGGCUCCACAUAUUUUCCCACUGCCUGUUCAAAAUUUCCAACUGCCUGUUCAAAAUUUCUAAUCGAAUCAGCCAUUAAAUUCGUCUUCUCAUGUAGCUGUUCCAGUAGGGCAUUUGUUUUAUAGAAAGCACACAACAGAGCUUCUGAAUACAUUGUCCUGCAAGGUCAGAUGUCUAUUCCCACGAUUGUAAUCUGUAACAGCUGCCAGCUCCCCGGAGUUGGUUACAGUUUCACAGUCUCCCUCUAGGGGGAAAACUUCUAUUUGUUUUUUCUUUUAAAGACAAGUCUAGCAACAAAAGUUUCCUUUUUCAGAUAUUUUGUCAAUAUUUGUUCCUUUAAGAAGCGAAGGGGAACAAUGGAGUCAAAGUUUCUCUUCUUAUAGCUAUCUGUCAAAAACGUUGUCUCUGGUCAAUGAGCUUCAAAAAACGUCAGUCCUAACACCCCGCUCCAGGAUCAGGACGGUGGAAAGUUACUUGACUUUACCCUCACUUUUGCAGGUUUAAACAGUCCGAAAAAAUCCCCCCUCUUCUCCUGCUUCCGAAGGGGGUUCAACAAUUUUAAAUGAUGAAAGUUAAUCUUUUACAGGCGAUUUUCUGAGCUCUAGUUUACCAUGUCUUUGCUUUAAUCUAUCUACAAAGAAACGGAAGGCUGACUUCCUGUUUAGACCUUCCCGUUUCAGCUCCAAAUUAAGGUAAACUUUUAAGUCCAAUUUUCCUUUCUGCUCACAAGUCCUUAUUUAGAGUCCAAUUGUCCGAGUUUAGGUACUCACGGGUGAUUAUUUUAGAAGCCAGAUUGUCCCAGGAAAAAGGCAGCGCUCUCCGGCAACGGCUGUGCGGCUUCGCUCCACGGAAGAAGCAGUUGACUCUCAGCACCGCGCCACUUCCCCCUCUUCGCUCCGGAGCCCGUUAAUGGGUUCUUUUGCGGGUUGGGGGGGCGCUAAGGGUGCCCGCCGAGUCCCAUGGUCACAGGCUUCAUCCGCCUGUGAUUUUUGAAUGGGUCCCGCGGGCAGGUAGGGUCUUAGCCUGCAUACCAGGUGGAGCUGGUAGACAGCAGCCCUGGACACAGAAUUGACCUGUGCCUCCAUGGACAGCUGCGAGUCCAAAAUGACUCCCAGGCUGCACACCUGGUCCUUCAGGGGCACAGUUACCCCAUUCAGGACCAGGGAAUCCCCCACCCCCGCGCACCCCCAACCCCCCCAAACAAUACUUCUGUCUUGUCAGGAUUCAACCUCAAUCUGUUAGCCGCCUCCAACAGCCUCCAGGCACUCACACAGGACCUUCACCGCCUUCACUGGUUCUGAUUUAAAGGAGAGGUAGAGCUGGGUGUCAUCUGCAUACUGAUGAACACCCAGCCCAAACCCCCGAUGAUCUCUCCCAGCGGCUUCAUAUAGGUAUUAAAAAGCAUGGGGGAGAGGACGGAACCCUGAGGCACCCCACAAGUGAGAGCCCAGGGGUCUGAACACUCAUCCCCCACCACCACUUUCUGGACACGGCCCAGGAGAAAGGAGCGGAACCACCGUAUAACAGUCCCCCCAGCUCCCAGCCCCUCUAGACGGUCCAGAAGGAUGUUAUGGUGGAUGGUGUCAAAGGCCGCUGAGAGAUCCAGCAGAACUAGGAAACAGCUCUCACCUUUGUCCCUAGCCCGCCAGAGAUCAUCAACCAGUGCAACCAAGGCAGGUAUGGCUGACUAGCUGGGGCGGAACUUUCUGUUUUAAUGGAGAUAGUGUUCAAACAUGCCAGGGUCCGUCAACAGUUCGCUCAUUCUGACAAGAUAAACUGCUUGCCAUCUUUGUUAUCUGGACUGUUUCAUAAACUUGCUCUAGGUGCCAACCCUGCUCUCUCACAUACUGUGCUUGAGCUGUCAGCACAAGCAAUCUGGGUCUCAUCUCCUUUCUGGAAGAGAGCCAAAAUGCAUUGACAAGGUAAAAAUAGAAGUCUGCUUUGAUUAUUGUAUGUUUGUAGUUGUUUUAGGAGCGCCAGUUUUAGGCCCAAGGUCUCCCUCUUAAGAAUCAGCAGGGAAAUUGUUCUUGCAAUAAGAAACAGCAACUUAGUCCCCCUUUGAAAGUUCGGGUUGGAACCUUCCAUAAAAUGCAUACAAUCAUGCUGAUGUUGACAGAAUAAGUUUCUUUUUUAUUCAACUUUCAGAGCAUUAUUAUUAUUAUUAUUAUUAAUUUCAGUUCUAUACUGCUUUAUAUUUUAAAGGGAAAAAAUCUCAAGAGUGGUUUGCAGCACAUUAAAACAUCAAAUAAAACAUUAAUGAAGAAAGCAAAAUAUAAAAUUACAUUCAGAGCAACAUAUUAGCAGGAAAUGAAAAUAUUAUCUUAAACAGCAAAGUUAACAAAAAAAAAUCUUAAAACAUUUCAAAAGAAAACAUUGCUUAAAGGAAGCCAGUUAGAAAAUGCACAUUUUAAAACAACAUAAUUAACAAGAGAAUAAAAUAUUAUCAUAACCAUUGAGCAUAUCUGCUGCUGUUACUGCUAAACCUGCCAUGGCAGGUGGCAGGUGAGGCUUAAUGACUUGGGUCUGCACCAAGAUGGUAUCUGUCCUCUUCAGCAGUCUCAGCUUUUGUAGCUGGAGUCAGUCAGGGUCUUGCCCUCCUAGGCCAGGUGGGAAAAGGCCUGCAAGGCAGGGAGCAGGUCUCCCAUGACUCACAGCCAAUAGGUUUCCCAAAUAUAUUAUCACGGGGAUAGUUAACAUGGUGUCCACCACACAUUUACUGGACUGCAGUACGCAUAGUCCCUGACCAUUGGCCAUACUAGCAGGCCAUAGGAAUGUCUCAUAGGAAAAGUACACAUCAUAAAUAAUUUAUAUAUCUGAUAAUAAUCUUUUGACAUGUGGUGUGAUAUAAAACAAAUGGCCAGCCAUAUGAAGUAUCAGAGUACAGGCCCACAACAACUUCAUCGUGUACGGAACUGCAUGUUUGAAUUGACUAUGGUAUUGGGUUAUUUUAAUUUAUAUUUUGUUAAUUAAAUAAAAAAUAGUCUACGAAUCAAGUGUGCCUUCAACAGUUUCUGCCCACAAAUAUUUAAAUAAUCAGUUGAGACUAUUGUUCAUAGUAAGUAACUUGAAGAUGUAGCUUACUACUUUUGAUACACAGUAUCUGUCAAUUCCUGCUACUUCCUAAACUUUGAUUAGUCACUUUCUAUUGUUGAGCCCAUUCACCUCUUGUUCAAGCAAUACAUUCUGGAGUAAUAUCAUAAUUAUAAGUAGUAUUUCUGAUUUAUCUCAGGUUCUUCUUUAACCAGGUCUUUGACAGACUGAUAUUCUACUGCCUUUUAAAUGUGUUUGUGGGAGGGGUUAUUAUUUUGUUGUUUUUGUUUUAACUAUUUAUUUGUGCCUUUGCAUUGUGUUUUUAUCUUGUGAACUGCCCUGUGAUCUUCUAAUGACAGCUCCAUCAAAUGUGUUUCUCUACUUAAAAAUUUCUACCUGUGUUCACUUCAGUUAUACUGUAAUAAUAUUUUAUUUUAUUGCUUCUUUCAUAGAAGCUGAUAUUGAAAAAUGUGAGAGGUUAUAUCCCUAUAGUCAAAUCUGAAAUAUUUUGUUGUAAAUCCUGAUUCUACUGUAAGUCAGGUGACUUAUUUUUUAAAACAUUGUAUAUAACUGAGACUAUAUUCUUUACAUUCCUCCCACACUUAUGUCUUGCAGUAUGUUAAAAGGUCUUAGUUAACUCAGAAUUUCCAGUAUGUUGACUGCUUAAUAGUAUUUAAUAAUAUAAUAUUGCUAAUUUAAACCUUUUCUAAGUAAAAAUGUGUUAUCUUGGCAAAUCUUCACAAAUUGAGGCUUUUUCUCAAUAGGUUUGUUUAAUUAUUCCCCCAAGCAAAAGUUGAUAUAUUUUGGCUUAUUUUGUAUUUAUCUCAACAUUUUUGCAGGUGAUUUGGAGCUGGCAUUUGUCUCAAAUACAUUUUACAUUUAAUUUCUUCAAUCCAUUUUAAAGCUGACAUAGGGAGUGCAAUAGAUUAUUGUUCAAACUAAUAACAAACAUUGGUUUUCUAUUCAGUAAUUGGUAAUUUAUCCAGGUGGCACCUGUCCAAUUGGGAUAUCACAAGCAAUCUGGGUUCGUUUCUAAAACAUCUAGAACAUCUAAAACAUACUAGGGGAAAACCAUAUUCUAUCUAAGCAGUCUAUUCAGUCAGUUGUAUAAAAGAACCAAGAGUGCCAUGAUCCAUGUUAUCAGUGUAGAUUAGGUAAAGGUACCCCUGCCGUAGAGUCUUGACAGACUCUAGGGUUGUGCGCCCAUCUCACUUAAGAGGCCGGGGGCCAGCGCUGUCCGCAGACACUUCCGGGUCACGUGGCCAGCGUGACAAAGCUGCAUCUGGCAAGCCAGCGCAGCACACGGAAACGCCGUUUACCUUCCCUAAUCAGUGUAGAUUAGUUUGCCCAAUUUGAUAUCUUUUAACCAAACUAUUGUACUUUUAGAGUAUUUAAAACACAUUCUGCCCCCUGUCCCCCUUUUAAUGAGCAUUUCCAGUGUAUUAGGACUUUGCACUACUAGUUUGAAGUACAGAUUGGCAUGUGGUAGUUGCUCAGGACUAGAAAACUUGGAUGAAUUUUUGAAUGAACGAAUGAAUUAAAAGCUGCAGAUGUGAGACUAGAAGAGUCUCUGUCUCUUUGAUGUAACGUUAGAUAGUAUGUAAUCAAUUUGCAAAUACAGUGGUAUCUCGGGUUCAGAUGCUUCAGGUUACAGAUGCUUCAGGUUACAGACUCCACUAACCCAGAAAUAGUACCUUGGGUUAAGAACUUUGCUUCAGGAUAAGAACGGAAAUUGUGCGGUGGCAGCGCGGUGCCAGUGGGAGGCCCCAUUAGCUAAAGUGGUACCUCAGGUUAAGAACAGUUUUAGGUUAAGAAUGGACCUCCGGAACGAAUUAAGUUCUUAACCCGAGGUACUACUGUACCUCUACCAUCAUUGAAGUUUUAUAAAUUUAGUUUUAUACUGUCUGAACUAUUUAUAAUCUUGCAAUUUUCUUUUUCCAUCCUCAGAGAUUUGAGUCAUUUAUUAUCUUCUAACUGGAGCAUUGAUUCAUCGGGUCAAACACUACAAGAAGUGUAAGUUCUUCUAGCUAUAUUGUAAUACGCCAUGGGUUUGUUUUGGUGGUAGGCAUAGUAAUGUAAUUUCCAUCAGCAAACAGCUGAGCUGCCGUAAUAUUACAGGGGGACAGAACAGGCAGAGGUUUAAGAAAGGAGAAAUAGAAAAAAUGGGCUAAGCAGAGAGGGAUGGCCAGCCCGGUGCCCUCAGUUGUUGCUAGACUCCCACCUCCCAUCAGCCCCAGCCAGUAUGUCCAGUGGUCAGUGCCGAUGAGUGUUGUAGUCCUGACAAUAUAUUGAGGGCACCAGUUGCCUGUCUUUUUGACAGUAGGGUUGGCUCAGGGAACAACCCAGAGGGAGGGUCCCAGGAAGGGAAGCUGUUUAGAAGAUGUAAAUGUGGCAGGAACUACAGAAGGUUGUCAUUUGAAUACUGAUAUUAAUCAACCAGCAUAAUCUUUGGCUGUAUCCCUCUAGUCAUUAUAAAUGCUUUAGAUUGAAGGUGAAUAGUGUUGAUUUCGACACAACAUUACAUAUAUAUUUUCAUAAGCAAGUUCCAUUGUCUUCAGUGGGUUUACUUCCAGGUCAGCAUAUGUAGAUUUGUAGCUUUGGAGUGCUGUGGUGAAUUUUAAAAAUCUUUAAUCCUAAAUGUUGUGACUUGCUUCUGAGACCUUGGCAAACUACAGUUAGUUGGGAGUGUGCGCUUUUUGUUGCACUUCCAUUGCUUAAUUUCUGAUUAUUAAGAUGGAAAUAGUAGUGCUGUGUUGUUGGGAAUUUUGUUAAUUUUGACUUCAAGAUUUAGCAAUAAUUUCGACUCCCAAAUAUUUGCAUGCUCAAGCGUCUUCAGAAAACAGUAGAGAUACUAUAUUUAUGAACAUCAGGAUAUUUUAGGUGUCAACAGCUCCUGGGAUGCCCAUCAGGGAAGGCAAAUCUAUAAUCUAAAUUCAAAUAGUCAUAUUUUAAUCUUCAGAAUCUUUUAUAUGAACAUCAUACCUUUACUUUUCAUUGAUAAGGUAUAUCAGGGUCAGUUUUAUAGUACUACUACUAAUCUUGCUAGCUGAAUUCUUCGCCCAGCCAUGAUGAUUGAAAUUCUUGGUUUUGCUAAUUUAAGUAAAACACUUAUGUGCUCUGAAUUGCUUAGCUUUCCAGACUGGUAAUUAUGUUCAUAGUUGAGGAAUAUGCUAGCUUUGUGUUUUGCAGGUGUCAAACCAGCGUGAAAGGGUUGUGAUGAUAUUUAAAUACAAAAAGUGUUUAGGUUACCCUUUGUCUUUAUUGACCAUCUGUAUAUUCGAAGUGCCAGUAAAGGAAUCUCUCUUUCAGAAAAAUGAAUUACAAUGAGCUAACUGACAUUCCGUACUUUGGUGAAUUGACUUCUAAUAUCACGCAACUCUCGCUGUAAGUAAAUAUUUAUGGGUUUUUUAAAUCUGCAGUUGAGCAUGAGCAGUGCACAAACAUUGACUGGUGGGAACAUUGUUAAAGGAAAUUGAAGCAUGCACUUGAGGUUUUUUAAAUGUUUGAUUUUUUGUUCAUGUUUUUAUAUAUACUGUAAGCUGCCCAGAGUGGCUGGGUAUGGGCAGGGUAUUAUUAUUAUUAUUAUUAUUAUUAUUAUUCAGUGUAAAUCUAUGUGUGAAGUAUUGUAUGUCUUUACAUUACAAAACACCAGUUAAUAGCAGAAUAGUGUCCAUAAUCUUUCUAACUUGCCCAUCUGAUUACUCUGACUUUUGUUACAUUGUGUCCCUGGAAAGUGGGCUGUUCAGUUAAGUUGUUCUGGAAUCAUAAUUCCCAAAGAGAAAUGUUCUAUCCCUUGAUGCUUUGCUGUAAACUCAACCUUACACUCAUACUAAGAGAAUGAGGUUCAGCUUUCAACUGGCUGUUUAAACCAGAUUCCUACAGGCAUCAAAAUAACUUCCGUGUGUCUCAUUAGAGACACAUUGCAUUAGCCUAAAAUAUUUUAAAUUUUGCUGCUGAACUUCAGAAAUGGUCUAGCACUUUUCUUUCUAUUUUUAGAGUGCAUAAUACAAUCUCAGAGAUUGUCCCUGAUCAGCUACAGCAUUACAUUUCCUUGGAGAACCUUGACCUCAGCUCUAACCUAAUCUCUGAAAUCAAAGCCUCUUCAUUCCCACGGAUGCAGCUGAAGUAUCUGUAAGUAGGAGGAGGUUGCUAACCUGCUAUGUUGAAAGCACAUACUUUAACAUCUGUAUAUCCAUCUUCAACACCUUUCCCAAAGGAUUCAAGAACUAGCAUGGAAUGCUGUGCAACAGAAUUCUUUUAUGUUUCAUCUUCACAUAACUUCUUAACAGCAGAAUGAUUUCUGAAACAAAGUUAUAAAUCUGUUCUGAUUACUAAUAUGGUCAGGAAAUGCUAUAGUUUCAUAAUUCAAGGUCUUGUAACUGAGUCCCUCUGGAUUGCAGGAACAUGCAGUUCUGUUUGCUGGAGGGGGUAAGGAGGAUGAACAUGAUAAAUGUUUAUAUAAUUGUUCAUGGUGUGGAUUACUCAACAGAAAUUGAUUUACACUUGAUCAGGGGUUGCCAGUGUUUUCUGAUGAGUGGGCUCAUUUUGAAUUUUGAGAGAGGGUACCAGUUACAAAAUGGCUGCCAUGGAGGCAGCAUGGCAUAACACAAAAUGGCUGCUGCGUGGAGUGUGGCAUGACACAAAAUUAGAGACGACCAACCUCAAUGACCUCAUUCUUACCCGGGGAAGUCAGCUAUGUCCUGCUGGUGCUGAUUAUGGAGAACACACACAAACACAGAUGCUAUUUCUGUCUAAUAACAACAGGGAACAUUCCUCAGCACCAGGGAAAAUAUACAGUGUAGGCAUACCACUCCAAUUUCACGGAAAUCACUUGUAAGGCACCUGCACAUUUUGCUCCAAAACUAUAAGAGGACUAGAGACUUAGGGGUUUGUUUGUUUUUUAAUGGAAGCUGGGGCAUCUGCUCAGGGGCACCACUGGAAGCUUUCAUGGGUGGCAUGACACCCACAGGUGUUGGGUUGGUAACCCCACACUAGAUUCAAACAGACAUAAAGAAGUGGAAAUUAGUUCUCCCCAGGAGGCAUUGAUGACCACCAACUUGAAUGGCCUUAAAAUAGUAUUAGACACAUUCAUGGAGAAGAGGGCUAUUAGUGGCUACCUCCACAGUUGGAGGCAGCAGUGUUCCCAGAUACCAGUUGCUAGAAACCAAGGGAGGGGAGAGUGCCCAUCUGCUCACUGGUUUCUUACAGGAAUUAGGUUGGCUACUGUGAUAACAGGAUGCUAGAAUAGAUGGGCCCUUGGCCUGAUCCAGCAGGCUCUUCUUAUAUUCUUAUGUACAUAAUUGUGCUUGAUUAGCUCUUGACUGUAGCCACUCAGGAUCAGUGAAAUAACCUUCAAUAAACUUUCUCCUUUUUGAAACUGGGCUUCCUCGAGGGAAGGAGUAGCAGCUCCUUUGAAAUUAUUGUGUAGUUUGUCAAGCAGGAUUCAAUUAUAUAAAGCUGUGUGUUCCUUUUGACUGUGCUUUAACAGGAAUCUGAGCAACAACAGAAUCACUACUCUGGAAGCAGGCUGUUUCGAUAACUUAACCAGCUUCUUAAUCGUUUUGAAACUAAACAGAAACAGAAUAAGCAUGAUUCCACUGAAGACCUUCAGGUUGCCUCAUGUACAGUUAUUGUAAGUGUUUAUACCCUAUAAUCAGUUCUGAACCUUUUCUGAAUAUGCCAAGCACUGUUAGCAACAGGACUUAGGGUGUGGGUGCUGCUGUUCUUCACUCACUGGACUGGAACAGGGUCAGGAGGAGCGCUAGGUCACCAGUGGUGUCCACCCUGCAGGUGCAGGCACAUCUGCAGGGUUGCCACCGCUGCUGCCAACCAGAGUUGGCAGGAUGGGGACAAUUCAUUUUGCCCCACCCUGCCAACUGGCUGGGAGGGCACUGCUACCAUGCCACCCCCUCAUUUGCUACUGCUAAUCGCUAUCAAAAAGAUGUGAGAUUAAAUAUAUCUUUGCAUUUUAUGUGCACAUUUUUUAAAGAAUGAAAGUAGCCUCCAGUGGGAUAAUCAUCACUGCAGGAGGUGGGGAGGGCAAGUUCAAGCAAUUCCAUCCGUGCUGUGGUCCGGAUGUGUAUUGUUCCUCCAAAACUGCAGAGAAUUGGUAGGGAAAUUCAUAUUGAUAAUCAGUGAAUCCAUGUUGCAUGAUUUUGCAACUAAGUUCUUGCUCACUUGCAUUUGAUUUUUUUGAAGUUCUGCUGCUUCCCUUUUGAAUGGCUAAAUGACAUCCGCAUAGAUCAGAAUCUUAAUAGUACUACUAGUGUUUUUGUGAGACAAGAAGCAUAGAGCAAAUAAAGAUUAUACUUUGAUUUCAACCAGCUAACAUUUAUAAUACUAUUAUUUAGGGAACUUAAAAGAAACCGAAUUAAAACAAUCGAGAGCCUUACCUUCCAAGGCUUGGACUCCUUAAAAUCAUUAAAAAUGCAGCGGAAUGGAAUUAACAAGCUAAUGGAUGGUGCCUUCUUUGGACUGGAUAACAUGGAAGAGUUGUAAGUACACAUUGUUAUGGUUUCUUCAUAAGAAGGCCUGGAGGAAUGUACUUGAUAAUCAACAAACCUAGGACUGGAUUUAACUAACCGGUCCUGCUAGCAGAAGCCCAUGCAAGGACAUCCACUCGCACAAUGGGUCUCUUCCCCGCUCUCCUUCCUCCUCAUUGUUUUAGGAUGAAUGGGUGGGAGAACUUCCAGAACUUGGAGGGCACAGAGAAGGAAGAUCAUUCCAUCAGACAAGCCAUCUCCUGAGCAAUAUGCUGAAUUACUAGCAUGUCUUCUGAUUGAGUUGAUUACUUCUCAGUUAUAGGACAAAAGACAUUGUUACGAUGUCUUCGUAGUGUUAAAGUGGUCACCACUUUUUUAACUUUAGAAGAAGCAAAGCAGAACGAUAAGUGGAUGCCUCUAGAGAUUUGAACAGUCUCCCAGGGUUGAGUAGUUUGGACCAAAACUGGUUUUGGUAGAGAGUAUAAUCAUCACAUUUAACAGUAUGCUCCCUAUUGUGUAACUUCUAGGUUUCCAUAGAAUGGUGGCAGGUUAUGUUCUCCCAAAUAAUACAAUCAUAAACGGAAUUGAGUUACUGAAUUCAUCAGCUAACCCUGUUCCUGCCUCACUAGGCCACUUUCCCCAUGUCUCUUGCUUCCUAGUUAACCAUUUUAUUUCACUGUGCUCUCGGAUUUUUACUUGUGUGUUGAGGACUAUUAUGAAGCUUAGUAUUUGUAAAUCACUCUGCAUGUGUCCCCAGUAAAGUGGUAGAAAAGUAUAGUGCUCACAUAUAACAUUUGCUUUUGCUUCUACAGAGAACUGGAACAGAAUAACCUGACAGACAUAAACAAGGGUUGGCUGUAUGGUUUGAAGGCAUUACAGCAGCUCUAUAUCAGCCAGAAUGCCAUUAACAGGAUCAGUCCUGAUGCGUGGGAGUUCUGCCAAAGGCUUUCUGAACUGUAAGAACUAUGAUUUGAUUCCUUGGGGCUUUUUUCUGAUGUUAACUGGAGUAAAAUCAGUAACAAAAAUGAUCUUCCUUUAGUUUCUGCAGGGAAAGUUGCUUAAUUUCUCCAACAAAAAGGUCUCAUUCUUCUUAAAUAGUUUCGUGAUGUCAUUGCACUUCUACUUUUUUAUCUAUUUAAAUUUCUCUCUCCAUUGUGUUACAUUUCAGUGAUCUAUCUUACAACCAGCUGACCCGCCUAGAUGAAUCUGCUUUUGUUGGGCUGAGUUUAUUGGAGAGAUUAAAUCUGAGUGACAACAGAGUCAGUCAUAUCGCGGAUGGUGUCUUUAAAGGACUUUCAAAUCUGCAGUCUUUGUAAGUGCGUAAAACAGAUAAAUAAAGUAGACAUUUAUUAUGAAGAGUAUAGCUAUUCACUGUGAUAAGUAAAAACCCAAUGAAAAGUAGCAGAUUUUAAAUUAAAAAAUGAAUUCAAAUGUUAAAUGUUGGUUCAUUUAGCACAUGCCUAAAUAGUCACAGUCUUCAGAAAAGCUUAUGUAAGCAGUUAUAGUCUCUUAAUCUUAAUACAAACUUUAAAUGAUCCAGUUAAAACUAAUCUUUAGACUUACAAUAGCAUGAAAAAGAGCAGCAGUUUAAUUAGUGGAUUUGGUUAGAAUCUAAGGAGGUGUCAGGCAGCUGACCCACAGGCUUUUUGGUUCAGGGUCGCUGGCUCUUUAGACAAUGGGAUGAAAAUGUUUAACAGGGCUCCAAGCAUUCAUGCCUAACCAGGCAUGAACAGCAAACUCAGCUGGCCCACACAUAAGGGCCUGCUUUGAGUUUCUUAGGUUCUUCAAAAGAACUUGCCAUGCUUCAAAGUGGGAUGGAAAUGUGGGAAUUUUAACAGCCAGGAAAAUUCUCAUAAAAUUGAAUAUAUUCUAUUUUUAUUACUUUACCACUUCAAGGACCUAGUUCCAGGCAGAAAAGUGGGCCAUAGAAGAUUUGUUAUGCAGUACAGUCAUACCUCGGGGUGAAUACGCUUCAGGUUGAGCAUUUUCGGGUUGCGCUCUGUGGCGACCUGGAAGUAAUGGAACGUGUUACUUCCUGGUUUCAUCACUUGCACAUGCGCAGACACUCAAAAUGACAUCAUGGGCAUGUGCGGAAGCAGCAAAAUGCAACAUGCGCAGUCGUGUGUUACGUUUGCUUCAGGAUGCGAACAGGGCUCCGGAACGGAUACCAUUCGCAUCCAGAGGUACCACUGUACAAGCUUCUCUUUGCAUUUGUAAGGUGUAAGUUAACGCUAGCGGACCUAUUGGCUGUGUUAAUACAUCACUCUAAAGCAGCUUAGGUCAGAGACAGCCAAUGUGGUGCCCUCUAGAUGUUGUGGACUGCAACCCCCAUCAUCUCUGACCAUUGGUCAUGCUGGCUAAAAGUACCACAUUGGCUAUCCCUGGUUAAGCACAAUUUCAGUAACUAGAAUCAGCCAUAGUGAGCCUCAGACUCACAUGAUCCCCCCUCCCAUCUCCUCUUCCCACAAGGUCAGCAAGAGGCUUUCUGAAGCUUCUGAACCAACAAACUGUGAUUUAACUUGGCUUGUUUCAAACACACUAGUGUUAACCACAGCCUCACUACAAUUUGAUGAUUUGGACAGAACAAAAAACCCACAGGGAAGCAGAAACCACACAGAAAAAGAAGAGCUAUUAUGCAUAAGCCCAUAGCUUGCUGCAACUUCUUUUAGCCUAUACAUAUUUUGCUAAGCUAUGGUUUAGCUGCUUAAUUUUAGUGUGACCCUUGAACACAGCCGUUGAGAAAAAUCUUUUUAGUUAUGGAACCAGCCAGUAGGCAAGGCAUUGGACUACAGACAUUUGUGCAGUUAUGUAUAAAGCAUUGCAGAUCUUCUUAAGUGUAUUCUCACUUUAUAAUAUUAAUGAAACAAAUGAAACAACAUAUUUAAUGUUGUGAUGUAUACCAAUAGAUUGUAUCAAACAGCAGAAUCCUCCUGUUUAAAAAUGCAGUAUUGAUUGCGUCUUAUAUGCCUUGUCACUGAUAAACUGAUGGCUAAGCUCUAAAUUCCUCUGUUCACUGAGCUGUAAACAAAAUGAGAAUUGUUGCUGUGAUAUAUUUAUGACCUGCCUUGUAAAGGAAAUGCACUGCUGAAUCUAUUAGACCUUAAUGAAGCAUCUUCCCCUGCCCAAGAGGAGCUUGCUGAAUUGGUUUUAAACAAGAGCCUUCUCUUCUGUGCUGGGGGUAGAAGUGCAGUGUAAGGGUCAGACAGAAAUCCCAUUAGCCUGUAACAGGAUUUGUGAGCAGAACCACCCACACUUCUCUCUGAAACUCUACUCUUUUAUGCCUAGCCGUUCUUCACCUGACCUGUAUAUAAUCUCUUAAUAUGCUAACGUUAUUACAAGCUUCUCACUCCAGAAGAUUAAGCAAUGUACAGGCAGCAUUAAUUCAAUUCAUAAGUCUCUUAUGAAGGCUCCCCCAGUUCAUGGUCAAUGGCAUAUUGUGUUUACUAGAUUAACAGAUGUUACUCUGCUGAGGAAACAGUGCUGCAGGGCAUGUGAAUCCCAGGCAUGCUGGUAACUUUAGUUGACUGAGCAGUUGCCUUUCACUUUGUAUUGGUUCCAUAGGGACAUUUUCACAUAUUAAAAGUGACCAAAAUUGCUUUCAUGCAAAGAUGUCUGAUCAUAAUGGGGUAGGGUAGAGUAUGUACUAUGCACUAAUGUUACUGUCUCUGUGAAGAGUGCUGCCAUUUUGAAGCCAGCAGAUUUCUCAUUAUGAGGAUUUAUAGCCCCAGUCUAGUAAAAGAGGCAGACAAUCUCUUUGCAAAGAUGACAUCUUACGUUUCAAAAAUCACAAGCCAGCAAAGGGAACAGAGGGGAGCUGGUGUUGGAGUUGUGGCUAAAGUUCUCAUGUGUUGUUCUUUGGUGCAUUUGUUUCUUUAGAGACUUGCGAAAUAAUGAGAUCUCCUGGGCCAUAGAAGACUCAAAUGAAGCAUUUGUUGGACUUGACAGGCUCAGUAAAUUGUAAGUCUUACUCGUUAUAGAAUUGACAUCCCUACCAGAAUGGAAGUAAAGACCCAAAUAUUUGUAUUUAGUAAAAACUUCAAAAACUUAUGCAACAGUAGCCCCACUCAGGCAUGUGAUUGUACUGGAAAGCCUCCCCACCCCCCUUGUUAGCCUAUUCAUCUUUACAACCACCAUGAAUUAAGGCAUUCUUUUGAACUGGGGAGCCUCGUCUAUUAUUGGAAGCUCCCUGCUACACAAUUUAGAGCUUUGAUUAUACUCAUACAAAUGAUCACCUGAAGAGUUUUACUCUGAAUUGAAAAAUCUAUUUAGUAACACUUACGAUCACUAGUACAUCAAGAAAAAAACUGGCUUGGACAUCCCAUAUUUGAGCUAGGAUUUUUCAGGUAAUUUGUCUUUUAUAAUAUAUUCUUACAGGCAUGGUUCAAAGUCAUGCUCAUUUUCAUCCCACCUGGAAGGGAAGUCAGGAAAGGGGUAAUUUUUAACCUUCUGAUUUCAGGGUCCGAGGGCUUUUGUAGCCUUGUAGAUAGCACAGUUCAGCUUGUAUUCUUCCUCUCCCUUCCACCGAUCACACUAAAGGUUUCUUACCCUCACAAUUUAUGAAGAAAAGGCCCCUGCACCACCAUGUGGUGGGACACAAAUUACUUUUCCCCUCUUGUAUGUUUGCUGGAAAACAAAUAGCUAUGGGGAAAACUUCUAGCCAGAAACUUCUAGCCACUGUCAGGGACCCCUAACCUGUAAUCUUUAUAUCUUUUCCCAAUUCUGCCCAUGCAAUUUGCGACGUGCCUACCACUUGACUGUGCAAGUUGCCUUUCCCUCCUGCUGGUUAUUUUCUGACCCUUAAUUCUGUGCUUUGGAAAUGUGUAUACUCUCCUCUUCCUCCUCUUUUACAAUCUUAAGGCCAGAGAAGAGUUGGCGGGGGUGGUGGUCCUAAACACUUAUUUACCAGGCUCCCUGAUUCUGUUGUCGUAACAAAUGUUGGUUAAUUUACUUAAGAUUACUUAAGAUUUUCCUUUGGGGUAUAUUUUAGGAUUCUGCAAGGAAACCAGAUUAAGUCAAUCACAAAGAGAGCAUUUUCUAGCCUUCAGGCUCUUGAAUAUCUGUAAGUAUAUGUUGCAACCUUUUCUCUGUCAACCAAGUUUUUUCUUCAAAUUUGCAUGCAUCCCAGUUUUCAGAGGUGCAGAACACAAUUCACUCAUGCAGGCAUGAUUUUUACUUAAUUUUGCAGAGAUUUGAACAACAAUGCAAUAAUGUCUAUUCAAGAAAGUGCUUUUUCCCAGCCUCUUCUUAAAGAACUGUAAGUAUCUAGUCCUACAUGUUUUACUUCAAUAGAAAUGUUACAACUGGUAUAAAUAUUUUACUUGCAAGGCACUUGUGAUCAAUAAAAGUGUAUUGGAACUCAGUUUCAUUUCUUCAUGGUCUUUAGUAAUACAUUCUCAAAUGCUCCAUUGGUUCUCCUCCCCCCCUGUUCCUGCUGUUGCACCACAGAUAAAACAAGCCAAAGUCUGUCUUGUCCUGUCUGAUAAUAUGCUUAUAGUUAGUUUCCUUGGCUUGUUCUUGGCUUACUCCUCAUGGUCUGAGAGAAGCAAACCACUUCUUUCAGGGUUUGGAUGACACGUCAAGACAGACUCUUGUUUCAUCUGCAGCAUGGCAGGCAUUGGGAAUGAAUGCCCUGGGAAUAUUUGAGCAGGGUGCACCAGCACACUGCUUGUUCACAUUGAACCAUAGUUUGUUUUAAACUAUGGCUUAAUAUAACAUGCAAACUGGGCUAACAAUAUAAAUGGCUUUAGAAAUUUCCUGACAAUUUCAGUUAAUGACAUAGUACUGGUCUGAAGUACACCACAAUCUGUAUACAAGUUCAUUUUUGCUGUAGAGUAUAUGCAAUACUCUAAAAACAGCCUUAAGUCAUACAUAAACAUUUAAGCUGAUAAUAGAAGUUCAGGAUGGGGGGGAGGGGCUGGUAAAGCUGGUCCUGAAAAUAUUUGUGGUGUUUCAUCUGAGAGGCCAGUGGUUAGAUGACUCUUUUAAGAAUGAAUAUGGAAUACCAACUGUUUUCUUACAAAAGAAAUGGCGGGAUACAUAUACGGUAAGCCUGAUAUCUGAAGCAAAAUGUUAAUAUGGUUUGACAUCAGAAAACAGAACAGUCCCCCCUCUCGAGCUGCUAGAGUCAAAUAACUCAGUUCCACACAAGUUAAUUUUCAGGCAGCAACCAUCUGUUGAAGCUCUGCAUGAAACACAGAUAUGCAAACAGGUUCAUGACACGCCCAGCAAGUCAUAUUUUUUGGUGGCGUGGAGCAUGUGGUGGUUGGCUAGUCAGGUAUCUGGUACACCAUUCACAGGACUGAGUACCAAGAAUUGGCAUGGAAUGAGUACCUGAAAGUAAUACUGAUGAGAAAAUGGACAGUGAGGCUUAGGAGAGAAAAAUAAGAAAACAUCUAGCCUUGCAAGGUAAUGAGACAGCUUUGUGUACUUUGAAAGGGCCAAGGUCACAGUGCUUUCUGUGUAAUUGGAAAAAGAUGGAGAAUGCUGUUCCACAUUAUUUUCUUGUGGAAAUUAGUAUUUUUCUCUGCCUUGUGAGUAGUUGUUGUCCUCUAAGCAUCAGGCUUGUUUUUUCAGAACCCUGCUCUUUCCUUUACAAGCAAUAUCAUAUAGGCACUCUCUAAAAUGAAGAAUAUGAAGACUGUUUGUUAAAACUGUUUCUCAGUUAGCUAAUUCUUACCAGAUGGACUGUAAAAUGCAGUCUUGCUGAAGGUUCUUCCCUGCACAGGGUAUAGAGAUCAAAAUUGGCUCUGCACUUGAGCAAUUUAGGACCAUUUCCUGUGUAUGUUCAGGAAAAAAAUUAUCAAAUGGACUGAUACAUUACUCUGGGUUUUCACCAGUUACUUUCAUACCUGCUGUCAAGAAUGGGAGGCAUUUUCAGAAUUACAGUGUUUGCGAAAGGCAUUAUUAUGAAAUCAGUUAUAUAACCAAUAAGAUACAUGUGUAUAAUGCAGUGCUAGAAAUUGAUUUAGUCCCAGAGGUAUUCUGCUCAGCAUCAUCUAAACAGUCAAAUUACAGUGUCAUGUUUUAUUUCUCAUAGACUGCUCAUUGUUUUGAUGGAAAUCUUAGGUUUAUCCUUGGGGCAUGAUUGUGGGUGUGGAUAAAGUUUUUAAGGGUAUGAAUUGGGAUUUAUAUUCUUUUGCCACAUAUUUACACUACAGUAUAUUUUAUAUUUAAGGCCUGCGAUCCCCUGAACUAUCUAAAACAGAGAUAGGAAACCUGUGGUCCCCUGGAAGCCAGUGACCUUCAACUCCCACAAUUUAUGGCCAUGUGGGGCCACUGGAGUUAGGAGUUCAACAUCACCUAUAGGGCCAGAUGUUCCCUAUUGCUGUCUAAAACAUAAAGAGCAUCUCUUAAUGUCUUUUUACCCUCUUGACUUGGUGCAUAGUGUGUGUGGGGGGUGUUUCUUCUUACUUGUCCUUUACGUGGUUGUACUGCUACUGUCCUGCGAAGGAUGCUUUAAAAAAAGUGUUUUGUAGGAAGGUGACCUUUUUGUGGAACAGCCUCUCAUUUAGAAUAACACAUUAUAUGUGAAGAUGGAGAAAUGUGAAUUUGUUUACAGCAACGAGAGACACUGAAGCUACUCAAAAUACAGUUAGGACUCAUUACCAGGCAGUUCACGUAUAUAGUGUUACAAAUACUUUAGCAGAUGUAUGGGGGAGGGGGGAGAUCUGCUUGGUGACUGCAGAUGAAGUGUCAUUUGCUUACUUACAAAAACUUAGACAUUUUCCUUUUGCCUUUACAUUUUCAGGGUAUUGAACACUAGCAGCUUACUGUGUGACUGCCAGUUGAAAUGGCUGCCCCAGUGGCUUAACCACAACCAUUUGCAGGAUGCUGUCGGUGUCAUUUGUGCCCACCCCGAAUGGCUGUCUGGCCAGAGCAUCCUCAGUGUGAACCCUGAAGACUUCACCUGUGGUUUGUGCUCUUAACGGCUUUAUUUAUUUACUGCAUUUGUAUCAUAGCUUCCCAGGGCACAUUGCCCUUAUGACAUCUGCCUUGGAAAAUAAUCAUGUGUGAGAGUUGGGGAGAGGGGAAAUGGCUUCGCUGACUUGUUCAGUGGAUAUAUUACAAUCCUAUGCAUGUCUAGUCAGACAUAAGCCCCAUUGAGUUUUGUGUGGCUUACUUUCUGUAAGUGUGUUUUGGAUUGCAACCUGAAUUGGAUUUUCAUGGAUUGUGAUGCCCUCCCUGCAGUGUUACAAGACAACAUUUAUGCUUCCUGUUUAUGUAUAUUGGACACUCUUGUAUCCAGAUUCCAGAGAUUAACAGGAACACUGGUUCAUUUAAAGAUACUUCUAGAUCAUCAUCUGUAGGAGUUUUCCCACAGUGGAACCAUUAUAGCAAGUCACUGUAAAUGAGGGGUGGAGAACUUGUGGGCCUCUAGAAGUUGUUGGACUUUGAUCUCUCAUCAGCCCCAGCCAGCAUGACAGAAUGUGGGGAUUAUGGGAGUCAUAGUCUAGCAAUAACUGAAAGGCCUAUGGGAAAUCUGUUGUGGAGGGAGAGAGUUAGGGGCAGAGAGUGUGAAAGAAGCCUUUGUUUUGAAGCCAGUGGAAUUAUGUCAUGCUGAAACGUAAAAGCUCUUCCUUUCCCAGGAUCUAAGCCAGGGGGUGCCAACCUUCAUUUGGCCCAUGGGCACAUCUCAGAACAUAAGAAACUAUUGAGGGGACAACCCACCCCACACUACAGCCCCAGCAAUUAGACUUGCAAAAAAAAAUUGUUUGUUUGUUUGUUUGUUUUGUUUCAAGCCUAAAGACAUUGCUACAAUUAGGUUUGCAAGAAUCUAAUUUUCAAAUCUAAUUGCGGGUGGGCUACAUUUUCUGGGGUUAACUCUUCCUUUCCCCAGCUGUGGCAGUCCUGAAAUUUUCCGUCCUCUGUUGCAGAGACUGUAGCCAAUAGAAAAUUUCUUUCAAGGCUAAUUGACAGGUGGGGGUGGGUUGGUGUCACAGUGGUGUCCACACCCAAAUUCAGCCCAAGCUGUAAUUAGCCUUCAAAAAAAGCCUUCUAUUUGCCACAAUAAAUGACAUUUUUUUCAAGGCUAAUUGCAGCAGAGAGAGGAGGGUCCCCUCAGGGCUACCAGAAAAGACCCUGACAUAUGCAUGUUGACUACCCCUUAAUCCAAAAAUCUAUUAAGAAGAGGCUGCAGUAUUGCUGUUUAGUACUACUGUUGAGUUUUUGCUACUAACUGCAAAUACUUUUAACUGGGUUUUUUAAAAAAGCAAUUGUAGAUAUUGUAGAUAUUAGCAAUUGUAGAUAUUAACAUUGUAGUCUGGAUCUUCUUGAAGUCCUUUAGGCAGGCAGAAUCUGAGAGCUUGAGUAUCAGGAGCUUUAUCUCUCUUCCUACGAAGGGGUACGAGCAACAAUUGGCUGCACACAAUAUGUAUGCAUUGCCAAAAUACUCAGGAAAAUGAUGAGUGUGUGUUAACAACUAAAUUGUAAUUAGGGAAGGAAAUUAAUAUUGCCCAGUGAAGUAUGGCUUAAUUCCUGAAAGUAGGUAGCAUUCAGAUUGUUAGUUAGCAAACAUUGUGACAAGGAAGUGGUAAUAUCACUUGUGCUGAAUGCAUAAAGUGGUUCUUUCCCCCUCCAAUUGAGAUCCACAACUGGGUUUUAAGAGACCUUGCAACUGUCCUUCUGCAGAUUUAUUCAUGUUCAUAUUCCUUAAUGGUGAGUUCUAAGGACUCAUGACAAAAUCCCUUCAUCUUGCAGUGUACCUCUUGCUUAUACUCGUAACACUGACAACCUGCUUCAUACCCACAUAGCCAGUUCUAGUGUGAACACAUAGAUAAUAGAAAUCUCUUAGUUUGAGGAAUUAAGGGCAAGUGUCACCUCCAGCACAAGCUCAACUGUUACAUUCUGCAUCAGUAUUUGUUAGCUUAGUUACAUGCUGAAGAAAUGUGAUCUGUGUUUCACAGAUAACUUUCCCAAGCCACAGAUCAGAGUGCAUCCUGAGACUGCCAUUGCACUAAGAGGCACCAACGUCACCCUGACUUGCAAGGCGGUGAGCAGCAGUGAUUCGCCUAUGUCCACCACCUGGAGAAAGGACAGUGAAAUACUGUAUGAUGCAGACAUUGAGAAUUUUGUCAGGUACCAGCAGCAAGAUGGUGAAGUACUGGAGUACACCACUCUCCUGCACCUUUUCAAUGUGAACUUCACUGACGAAGGAAAAUACCAGUGUAUCAUCUCCAAUCACUUUGGAUCUAAUUAUUCCAACAAGGCCAAGUUGACUGUCAAUGGUAUGCAGUAGUUUUUGUUUUUCCUUUCUACACACACACACACACACACACACACACAUCACUAAAACGGUUUGGAAACUUUGGAUAGUUCACUCAGAGGUCUAAAGGAAAGGCACCCCCAGAGGUCUUCUCUUUUGUUAAUCCACUAGAGCAGGGGUCAGCAAACUUUUUCAGCAGGGAGCCGGUCCACCAUCCCUCAGACCUUGGGGGGGCCAGACUAUAUUUUGAAAAAAAAUAUGAAUGAAUGCCUAUGCCCCACAAAUAACCCAGAGAUGCAUUAUAAAUAAAAGCACACAUUCUACUCAUGUAAAAACACUAGGCAGGCCCCACAAAUAACCCAGAGAUGCAUUUUAAACAAAAGGACACAUUCUACUCAUGUAAAAACAUGCUGAUUCCCAGACCGUCCGUGAGCCGGAUUUAGAAGGCGAUUGGGCCUGAUCCGGCCCCCAGGCCUUAGUUUGCCUACCCAUGCACUAGGGAAGCUGAAGACAUUGGAAUAGUUUUGGAUGUAAAAAAGCUUGGAUUGCACAAGUGCCCAGAGACUCCUUCUAACCAGACAUAGAGAGCUGCCCAAACAGCAGCAUUUCCCCCGAGCAUUUUCUAGUUUGGAAAUGAGCAGUGUUCGUACUAGCUGCAAUCUCUUUGUGCACAGAUUUCUCAAUCCAAAACUGCCUCUUUAGAACUAGUCCAUGUCUAAGAAGCAGCUUCAGCUGCUUAUUAUGCUAGGCAAAUAAAGAUUCUCUCUUGCCUUGCUAAAGGUGCAGCCAGUUUCAAAUUAUUCCCUUGUGUACUACCCUUUACUAAAUGAAAGCAGCCUAAUGGGGUUGUCUUUGCCAGGGCAGGUUUUUACUUACCUUUGGCUGAAUUAAAAUAACUCACAUCCGUUUUAAUCAGUAUUAAUGGGUGUAAGAGAGACAGAAAGAGAGCUCUCGAGGAGUGGCAUAUUCAAAAAAGACAAAAAAUCAUUUGUAUUUCCUGUGAAAAAUUGUUAAAACUUCUGCAAGCAACCUCAUUCAAGAAAAAAGCUCAAACAUGAUGAGGACUCACAAGCUUGCUGUGUGCUAAUUUAUUUAUUUCUUUUAAAGAAAGGUUAGGUGUAACAUCCUCCUUUCUCAUGAGAUCUGAAUUGCUGUUUAGGGUGGUUUUUAAGAGCAGUAUGCUAGAAUUCUUACAGAUCUAAAUUAAAGAGCUUGAAGAACUUAACAAGGGUUAUGCCCAUUCUUAACAAAGUGAGUUAGGGAUGCUGUGAUUAGUAUUAGGAAACCUUACUUGGUUAUUUUAAUGUAUGUCUUCAUUCAGAGCUGCCUUCUUUUGUGAAAACUCCAAUGGAUCUAACAAUCCGGACUAGAGCUGUAGCUAAAUUGGAAUGUGCUGCGGAAGGCCAUCCACCACCUCAGAUUUCCUGGCAGAAAGAUGGAGGCACAGACUUCCCUGCAGCUCGUGAAAGGCGCAUGCAUGUGAUGCCAGAAGACGAUGUCUUUUUCAUAGCAAAUGUGAAAAUAGAAGAUAUGGGCAUCUACAGCUGCAUGGCACAAAAUGUGGCCGGGAGUCUAUCGGCAAAUGCCACAUUGACAGUGUUAGGUAAGCAAAUUAUUGAAGCCUUCAUGGGUUAUUUGAUUACUGUAUAUUUUCAUGCUUGUAAUUGGUGGUAUUUUUGUGGGCUGCCUGAAUGCUCUGACUGCAGGAGGAGUAAAGUUCACGUACUUCAUCCUCAUCUCCGUUCACCCAAUCUUGAAAGCCCAUGCUUAUCUGAACAUGGCAUUACUUUAGUACCCAAGGUACUCAAAUUACUAAAGGAUAGUUUCAAUAUCUGGGAUUAUAGUAGGCCAGAUGUUCAGAUAAGUACAGGAUAUCACAGUUUAGAUGUUUCCUAUUCUGAUGAGAAGAUAAUUGAAUCGUAGAAUUGUAGAGCUGGAAGGGACCGUGAGAGUUAUCCAGUCCAACCCCUUGCAAUGCAGAUACAGUGGUACCUCAGGUUACAUUACAUACGCUUCAGGUUACAGACUCCGCUAACCCAGAAAUAGCACCUCGGGUUAAGAACUUUGCUUCAGGAUGAGAACAGAAAUCGUGCUCCAGCGGCGCGGCAGCAGCAGGAGGCCCCACUAGCUAAAGUGGUGCUUCAGGUUAAGAACAGUUUCAGGUUAAGAACAGACCUCCAGAACAAAUUAAGUACUUAACCCGAGGUACCACUGUAUCUUUUUGCCCAAUAUAAGACUCAAACCCAUGACCCUGAGAUUAAGAGUCUCAUGCUCUACCGACUGAGCUAUCCCACAGGCAAAUGAAGGAAGCAUACAAGGAGGAGGAGGAAGCCUACAAGUCUGAGAACUGCUCUAAGUCUCACCUUAUUUGAGGGGUAGGAACAAACUUCGGAGAUAGGUUAAUUGAAUCAGCUUCACCUACUGGUUUGGAUUUGCUAAAGUUCUGUGGUACUUUUCAAAAGUAGUUUUGAGCUCAUUCCAGUGGAUGCAAUUGCAGCAUUGAAAAGGGACACCACAAUUUUCUCCUUUCUUUUUUGUUUGAUUUACAGUCUGGGAAGAAGCUGGUCUGGUAUUUCCCAUAAAAAAAAAAAUUUCUAACACAAAUAAUUCAAGAGCAUUUGUUUUUAGUAUGGUUGCCUGCUGCUGACCCACUUAAUUUUGGAUAAUUUGAAAGAGAUCUGGUUUAAUAUGCUGUCACUGCUGUGCUCUUCUGUUCUAAGUUUUUAGAUACAGACUCUGUAUAGGGCAUGCAUGUGCAGUAAGAAUUUAAUUAAACAAAUGAUACAUCCCCCUAAAACUGAUUUGUCUUUAGAAAACCAAGAACUCUUUUAAAGGUGGCUGUUCUCAUACUCCCAAGAGCUUUGGCUUAUGAACUGGACAAAGUCUGUAAUUAAGCAGAACACCCCCAGACACUUUCAGCAGAGGUACUUAAACAGUGGCUGGCUGGAGUUGUAAUUCCACAAUAAUUUGAAGGCCACAGGUUAGCCACACCAGGCCUAAAACACACACAUUCCCCUUUUAUUUUGUUCAUGACCUACAUUGCUGUCAGAUCAGUUUUCAAAAUCACAAUCUGCAUAUAUGUAGCAGCGUAUCUUUGGUUUCAUGCAGUUGUCAUUGUAAUUCUGUAGCAUUAAAUUUAAUCUGGUCCUUUUUUGUGUUCAGAAACACCUUCAUUUGUCAGGCCCCUGGAAGACAGGACUGUGGCCCAAGGUGAAACAGCAGUGUUGCAGUGCAUUGCUAGUGGUAGUCCUGCCCCUCGCCUUAACUGGACCAAAGAUGAUGGGCCUCUCACAGUAACAGAACGACAUUUUUUUGCUGCCGCCAAUCAACUCCUCAUCAUUGUAGAUGCUGGAUUAGAGGAUGCUGGAAAAUACACUUGCAUAAUGUCCAAUACACUUGGCACAGUGCGUGGCCAUAUUUACCUGAAUGUCAUAUCCUCACCAAACUGCGACUCUUCCCAAACUUCUCAAAGUGGCAUGGAAGAAGAUGGUUGGACGACAGUUGGCAUUGUGAUAAUUGUUGUAGUCUGCUGCGUUGUGGGCACCUCCUUGAUAUGGGUUAUUGUUAUCUACCAUAUGAGAAGGAAGAGUGAAGACUACAGCAUCACUAGCACAGGUGAGGAGCACUCGGCAUAAGUAUGUGUGUUUUGAUAAGGGAUUGGAGUCAUUCAGCUCAGCAUGACCAGAAGAAAAUCCUGUGUUAGGAGUUUUGGUAUGUGGUCCCUUUGCCAAGGUGGUUCUUCAUUUGGAAAAUAGCCUGACAAUCUGAUGGAGAGGGUAAUGGAUAUUAUAUGCACAUAGGUAUGGACAGUCUCUGAUACCAUGUAACAGUCAAAUGAGCAAAGGGACAAAGUAGGGGUUGUAUAGGAGAGUAUUGCAAAGCAGUAAAUGAGCAUAGGCAGGAUUUAGUCUGGCUGCUUGUGAUGAUCUUGUAGCUUUUCAACGAAGCCACAGAAUUUGAGAGAGAAAUUGCCAUCAUAAAUGGCAAAUGUUCAGAAUAUUGGUUCAUUAUGCUUUGACAAAGGGGUGUUGUAUCGCAGUGGGGAAAUUUCAUUUUUGUGGUUGUGAAAGAUUGCCAUAAAUCAGCAUUAGAAAAGAAUAAAAGGAAAAUAUUCCUAGGAACUGCAUUCUAUCCCCACAAGGUGAUCUUUAUUUACUUGUAUACUGUGAGGUCUAUGUGAGCACCAUCAUUUUUACAGACAUCUGCUGGAUGAUUUUGUUGCCAUAGCAAAAAUGCAGUAUCAUAUUGCUGUUGUUUUUUUUCACUUUCAGAGGAGGUAAAUUUACCUACUGACAUUCCCAGUUACUUAUCCUCCCAAGGGACUCUGUCAGAGCCACAGGAAGGCUAUAGUAAUUCUGAAGCAGGAAGCAACCAGCAACUUAUGCCUCCCUCCAACGGAUAUGUGCACAAAGGCACAGAUGGUAAGCCCUGAUUCUCUUGAUCAGAGGUGGACAGAAAAUAGAUCAUGGUCCACUGGCCAGUUUCUAGUGGCUCACCAAGUGCCUGCUAGUUGCUGAAGUUAUUGCAAAGAAUGCUGGACUUUGUGGUGCUUGAUGUGAUCAAGCAAAACACUUUUUGCAUUCUUAAGCAAAAGUGCAUGCUCAAAGCAUAACUUAUGUGUUAAGUGAUCCCAGCAUGAGACUUCACUUGCUACAUCGCUGAAAGUCCCCUCUGCCUUCCUUUCUACUUCUGUUGGCUUAUCACAGUUAGCCUCAAGGGAGCAGAUAUCUUCUCAAAUAACCAGGUACUUGUACCAAAUUCAUGCUCACAGCUUCUAUCCUGUGUAGGCAAAUUGUCAAAUACUGUAAUCAACACACACCCACGCUCUCUGUUUUUUGUGUUCCUGUGCUUCUUUAAAAAAACAAACAAAAAACCCUAAGUGCUACUAUGUUAACUGUGAUGGGGGAAAGAGUCCUUUCCCUUUCAGCAAAUGUGUAGAAGUGCCUCACUCGUUGACUUUUAUUUUGAAGCUUUCUUCUUGGGGCUGUGACUUGCUGAUAAGCCAGCCAGUUGGCUCAAAGGACUGCCAUCUCUGCAAGCUAGGCUUUAUGCUUCUGCCAUCUUGUAAGGGUCUAUAGUGAUGACCCAUGCCAGAAUAUUCUGCUAACUACCCACUAUUUUGCUUCCACUAGGUGGCACAGGGCCAUUGGUAAUCUGCUCAGAUUGCUAUGACAAUGCCAACAUCUACUCCAGAACCAGAGAAUAUUGUCCUUACACAUACAUCACCGAAGAUGACCCACUUGAUCAAACGCUUUCCAGCCUAAUGGUGCAGAUGUCUAAAGAGCCCUAUCCAGUAUGCCCCCAGCAUGAAGCCAUCACUCUAGAUAGUCUCUCAGGUGACAGAGACAUGUCUGUUUUCCUUAACAAUCAAGACAGACUACAUGAGAGGAAGCCAUGCUCUCAACCAUGCAGCAGUGGUAAGUGGUGUAUUUUGAUGCUAUUGUAUCUUGAUUUUAAAAUUAUUCCAUUUUCAGCUGAAUAAGAGCAAGGCAGUCUGUCACAGAACAGAUAGUUAAAGUACUAAGUGGCUGCAUUACAAAAUAAAAUCAAACAUUCUGCUUUCAAUAUGAUAUGAUACAAGUAUUCCUUAAUGCAUAUAUUCUUAACACUUGCUUCAGCUCACUUAGAAAUCUGUUCUGGUUUUUGCAGGUUCAAAAGAAUAUUCUUGUGGUUGUGUUUUUGUAGGGAGCCUCUUGUUUCUUAGGCUUGUGUUUGUUGGUUCUAGCAAUAAUUUUGCAAUAUUAGGAAGAGCAAAACCAGUUUGACUUAAUAAUGUGCCUCUCACUGCCAGAAUUUCAAAGACAAUGGAGAACCGUUGUGCUGGGAGCUUUCUUCAUAAAUUCAGUCUUUCUUUUUUUUUCAUUUUCCUUCCACAGAUCCUUUUCAGCUGCCUUUAUGGGGCAUCAAUAAAGAUAUGGGAUCAUUGCAUCCUCACUUCUCAACUCAACCAAAGACCCACGAGGUGCCUCGAGUUCUGCAAAGUGAAUGCAUCACAGAGACUGAACGUGAGCAAGCUAUUUCCCCCAAACCUUGCCACAGGUUACAUGAACAUAACUUUGACUUUAACAGGACUCGGAACAUACAGGAACAUCAUGAAGCUACAUAAAAUGCAUCAAAAGUAAGAAGCCUUAGCAGCAGGCUUGGAGUUAACAGUAUCUUUACUACCUCAGGUUUGGCCUCAUGGUCAAAGAUGUUCCAUGCUUGCAACAGAGGCUUACAGAACAAUCUUAGGCGUCUCUACCCAGAAGUAAGUCUCUUUCAAGUUAAAUGGGUCCUACUCCCAUGUGUAUGUGUGUAGCAUUGCAGCAUCAGUGGACAAAAUCAGUGACUACAAGCUACAAGUAAAGAGGGAAAAAGGAAUGACAGAGUCCUUUCCUUCUGUUCUGCAUAAGAUGUGCACAAGGCUCAACAGUCUAAUGAACUGAAUGGUGGGCAGAAAAGAAUAAAGGAUACACAGCAAUGGACAUGAUAAAUGAGAGGUUUUUGUUUGCCUGGGAGCAAUCCCCUGAAAGCUUCACAGAUGUUGUUUCCUGCUGAAGAAAUAAACUUGUAAGAGCCCAUUUUCAAGAUCCCUCAGUAAUCGUAAGCAUGAAGCACUUGAUUGACUUAUAUUCUCCUCCUGAUGACUAGUAGGGACUCAUAUCAUUGUGCCCAAUCACAAACUUACUCUACCCUUUCUGUGAAUAAAUACUUCAGUUGUAAAUACAUUUGCAUAAUAUAAAUAUUUUGUAUACACUACUAAACACAUUCAGGCUGAAAUGUUAAAAAACACUAUGCCAAAAACUACAUAUUGUCCUGUCAUUUGGACGUUUGCUGACCAGAUAUUAUAAAUGGCUUGUUUCCUAGGAUUGAAGGCUUGAGGCCAGUUUAUACAAUCAUGUUUUGCACACGAUGGUUAUAAUUACCAUAUGAUACUUGGUUUGUAGAAGUUUUCAUUAUGUGAUGGCUCUUCACACAUUUUUUGUCUUAGGUGUGGGUAGUAGCUGUCUUGCAUGGGGCUUUCAUGUGAACUGGUCCAUACCAGGGCAAGCCCAAGUCAUUGUGCUACCUGAGGUGGAAGGAAAACAUGGUGCCCCUGCCCCUUUUCUGUACAGAAGCCAAAUGGAUUGAUGGUUGAACACUGGCAGUGGGCAGCAUCCCUGUCACAUCUGAGGGCAACAGACUAGCUAAGAAGUGCAGGGUAAGCCAUGGGGGCACUCAAAUGUGUGUAUUCCAACACUGCACUGCUGCUACCCUUUCCCUAGCUUCUGCUGCCUGAGGCAGCCAUCUCAUUCUACCUAAUGGUGGGGCUGGCCUUGCAGAGGAGCAGAAACAAGGUUAGAUAUAUGUAAUUUGGGCACCAAACUUAGCUCAAGUGUUUUCCUGUGUCAGUUACUGUUGAAAGUCUCAGGUAAAUGAGCUGUCACGACUGCUGUGAAAGAUUAACACCAUGGCAGCACUGUGUCCUAGAGAUUAGAAAGAUGGAAGUGAUAACGUCUAUAUGUGGAUGAGCCAUCAAAGGUUAGGUAGAACUUUUAUAUCUCAAAUAAUGCUUUCCGGUGAGAUCUGAGAGAAAUCAAGUGUCGGACAUACAUGGGUCUUCAGAUUUAAUGAGGUGAACACCUGUAGCUAGCCAGAGGAAAUAUUGGUUAUUCCAGCUGUCACAGCACGAAUGGAAAUGAAUUUCUCACCCUUCAAACAUGCUGUUGUACCCCAAAUUGUCUCCUAUAGCACAUGAUCAAAAGUAAGGGGAUUUGGGGAGAAAUUGCAAGCAAAGAAAUGUUAACUCAGGGUAAAGAAGGUCAAACUAUUAGUUCUUGCUAAUCUUAACAUGCUGUGACAUUUUGGGGUUCUAGAGUGCAGCUUGAAGACAUCCUGCAAGCUGUAAACAUGGAAUUAGAUAUAAUUAUAUUAUCUAUGGCCUGGCAUGUUCUUAAGUCGGAACAAAACACAUGAAAAACUAUAUAUGCAGAUUAGCCACAACUCCUGUUCUGUGCAGCAAUCUUUCCAUACAGCCCAGUAAAAGGUGUUACCUGGACUGUUUGGGUGUCAUUUUAUAUUAAGAUGAUGUGGGUAAGAAAGUCCUGCCAGGACAAUCGAGAUCCUAGUUAAGUUAACUUAUUUGCAUACAGCUCAUUAUGAGUCAGACUGGGCCAGGUUGAUUGCAGGCUUCCUUUUAGUAGUUAGAAUUCCGGGAUUCUCUUAUGGCUGUGUAUCCUGUUACAUGAAGCCGGAGUUCUAGCUGAGAACAACUGUACUUUCUUCUUCCUUUGUACUUAAGAAUCCCCAGAGGGCUUGUCCCAGUUACAGCAAGAGCCCAGCCAGGCACCUAAGCUAUACAAGUGCAAACUCAUUUCAUGGCAGUUCCUUGCCUUUAUUUUAUUGGCAGUAGUGGAUAGUGCCAACUCUCAUGCUGCUUAUACCUGCUUUAUAUUACGCCCAAAAGUCUUACAGGGUUCUAAAGCAGGGGCCUUCAAAAGUGUCUUAAACAUCUAAAGCCAAGUCAGCUUGUGGUCCACAAGAAGCCUAAAUCCGCUCUUUCUCGGAGCAGAGAGAUGUAGCCAUCUAUCUUUGUCUCUGCCAGGUGUUUGCUUCACAGUACUGAAUGUAUAUGACCAGCAUUAGAGUAUCACUGCUAACUGCUGCCUCCUUCACUGCUUGAUGCCUUAUUGUCUGUGAUAGCCCAUAUCUGAUCUAUAGAAGCAAAAGUGAAAAUACUGGAUAUGCAAUAUUUGGGUGGGGAGAGGGAGGAGGAGAGCCAUUCUAUCAUUCACAGAACAAAGGCACUUUAGUCUCAGAUGUCAGGGGAUUUGGUCUUAGGCCAAGAGUUGUGCAAGAGAAGUGUCUUUCAUUUAGACAGCCCCUUGUGAAGUACUACGUGCUUUUAAGGGUAAGAGUAAUGCAGUAGCUAAAGCUGAUCUGGUCUGCUUCACAUCUUUUGAAGAAAGGGCAACUGGCAUGAAUUGCUCUUUUGUAAUCCAAGUCAAAAGUGUGUCAUGAUGUCACGCUGUGGUUAAAAUCAUUCAUUAAUGGAAAGCUGUACUGCAGUGGUAUCUCAUGUUGCUGAUUCUGCAUGUACAGCAGCACAUGCCUCCAGUUAAAGCAUUCCUCUCCUGCCUGAUGUAAAGCUGUUCCAGUAAAUGAGCACUUGCAGCUCUCUUCCCACCCACCCCCACCCACCCCCCAAAAGUUAGGGCGGCUUGACUUUCCCAUAGAAAAUCCGGUAUGCCUUAUUCAGGUUUUAGGAAAGAGGCUGGCAAAGUGUACAGUGACAAGGUCUCAUCCUGUAUCAACAUGCAUUACUGGAGUGAGAUAUGCCAGGAUUCAUAUGAACUAUGGCAUAAAUGGUGCUGAGUGUUCACGCUAGAAACUUAAAAGCAUAAAUACAGAGAGAAAUUUACCAGCCCAAGCCUUUUCGUCAGUCACUCAGCUUCAGUGCUUUACCAUCGUGGCAAGAUUGUUGUGUAAAGUAAUUCACAGAGGUUUAGAGGAGUGAUAGGAUUUAGCAGUAGAGCUGGAUCUUUGAGCUGAGCUGAGAAUACUCCUGCACACAGAGGAAAGAAUCUAAGAAUUGUGAAGUGCCUCAUUCUAUGUGUGGUAUAAAUUGUGGGGGGCGGGGGGACUCCUUGGGUGAAUUUUCUCUCUCAUUCUAAAAUAAGAGGCACUGUAAGGGAUACUGUUUGGGGCUGAAGCAAGGGCACUUAAUUUUGAAACAUGCUUCACCCAUCUCUUCUCUGUUUAAAUUGAUGGGAGGAAAGUUCUUUCCACUGACUAAUACUUCGAUUUUUGCCAAUGCCAAAGUAAUUGUAGCUGGACAUCUUUAAGGCAGCACAAACCAAUGCCUCCUUGCUUGCAGCUGUCAUUUCCUUGUAUCUAUUUAUAUUUUUCUCACUUAUCAGAAUGUAUAUUUUGUAUAGCAUGUGUAAUAUGUUUGUCUAUUGUAAUAUACCUUCAUCCAAUAAAGAGACACAGUGAACUCCUUGGUUUUUCAUGGUAAAUAUAGAGGAAGAGGAAAGUCUUAC